AUGACCUUGUUUGUUGUAAAGAGAGACCUGGGGGCGGGGCCCAGCCUACUGUACGUGACGGUGAGCGCCAGGGUCGACAGGGGCCUCGGGGGCUUUUGAUACAGAGGGCUUAGUGCACCCAGUGGGCCUUGCAGGCAGGGUCUAAGCUGCUGCAGAGCACAAGCUGGUGGUUUCCUGGAAGAAUGAAUCACCAGGUUGAUGGUGCAUGCCCAGGGCCCAGGGAUAAAUAAGCUUACCACCACAGCCAUGCUGGUUAUUAGAAUCUAGAGGGCUAGAGUGCAGAUGCAACAGGUGUGUGUGUGGCUCUGCUGCACUCUGCUUCAGAUGGUAAAGGAAAAGGUUAUUGUUCUACUCUGUUCUGUUUCCCCAUCUAUCCUAGCUGUGAUGCAUUGUGGGACAUUCCCGCUGCAGGAAAGGUCACUGCCCUCAUGCCAUGGGCAUGUAUUGUACACAUGAACAGUAUCCUUGUUUGCCAUCUGUCAUGCAUGUGGUAAAAGGCGGGCCACAGGCCUGUGGUUGGGUGAGGGAGGGGAUUAAAUGUCACUUGGCAAUGCCCAAGUACUAUUGAGUAUCACCUAGUAAUGGCACCUUAAUGCCUAGGCCAGGGUUCCCCAACUGGCGGCCGGCGGGUGGUUUUAUUUGUCCCACAAAGUUUUCAGAGCCAAAAAAUAUAUAUAUUUUUUUCUUUAUAUAUAUAUUUAUAUAUUUUUUAUGUUGGACAUAAAAGACUGUAAAAAACACCAGGAAAUCAGCUCCAAGUGAUUUUAAUUUAAGAAAUCUCUUCCCAAGUAUUCCCACACAUAAUAGAGAGACACGACACAUGAUCAUAUACAAAUGUAAGCAAGGUUUGAAAUGAUUGUUUUAGUCAAACAUUAUAUUUGUUUGGGCAUCUUGUGGUUAAUUUGCAAUCUAAAAAUGAUUUGGAACUAUACUACCAGUCAAAAGUUUGGACACACCUACUCAUUCUUAAUUUUUACAAUUUUUUACAUUGUAGAAUAAUAGUGAAGACAUCAAAACUAUGAAAUACCACAUAUGGAAGCAUGUAGUAACCAAAAAAGUGUUUAAACAAAUCAAAAUAUAUUUAAUAUUUGAAAUUCUUCAAAUAGCCACCCUUUGCCUUGAUGACAGCUUUGCACACUCUUGGCAUUCUCUCAACCAGCUUCAUGAGGUAGUCACCUGGAAUUCAUUUCAAUUAACAGGUGUGCCUACUUAAAAGUUAAUUUGUGGAAUUUAUUUCCUUCUUAAUGCGUUUGAGCCAAUCAGUUGUGUUGUGACAAGGUAGGGGGGGUAUACAGAAGAUAGCCCUAUUUGGUAAAAGACCAAGUCCAUAUUAUGGCAAGAACAGCUCAAAUAAGCAAAGAGAAACGACAGUCCAUCAUUACUUUAAGACAUGAAGGUCAGUCAAUUUGGAAAAGUGCAGUCGCAAAAACCAUCAAGCGCUAUGAUGAAACUGGCUCUCAUGAGGACCACCACAGGAAUGGAAGACCCAGAGUUACCUCUGCUAAAUAGGAUAAGUUCAUUAGAGUUACCACCCACAGAAAUUGCAGCCCAAAUAAAUGCUUCACAGAGUUUAAGUCACAGGCACAUCUCAACAUCAACUGUUCAGAGGGUACUGUGUGAAUCAGGCCUUCAUGGUCGAAUUGCUGCAAAGAAACCACUACUAAAGGACACCAAUAAUAAGAAGAGACCUGCUUGGGCCAAGAAACACGAGCAAUGGACAUUAGACUGGUGGAAAUUUGUCCUUUGGUCUGGAGUCCAAAUUUGAGAUUUUUGGUUGCAACCGCCGUGUCUUUGUGAGACGCGGUGUGGUUGAACUGAUUAUCUCUGCAUGUGUAGUUCCCACCGUAAAGCAUGGAGGAGGAGGUGUUAUGGUGUGGGGUGACACUGUCUGUGAUUUAUUUAGAAUUCAAGGCACACUUAACCAGCAUGGCUACCACAGCAUUUUGCAGCAGUACACCAUCCCAUCUGGUUUGGGCUUAGUGGGACUAUCAUUUGUUUUUCAACAGGACAAUGACCCAACACACCUCCAGGCUGUGUAAGGGCUAUUUUACCAAGAAGGAGAGUGAUGGAGUGCUGCAUCAGAUGACCUGGCCUCCACAAUCCCCCGACCUCAACCCAAUUGAGAUGGUUUGGGAUGAGUCGGACGGCAGAGUGAAGGAAAAGCAGCCAACAAGCGCUCAGCAUAUGUGGGAACUCCUUCAAGACUGCUGGAAAAGCAUUCCAGGUGAAGCUGGUUGAGAGAAUGCCAAGAGUGUGCAAAGCUGUCAUCAAGGCAAAGGGUGGCUAUUUGAAGAAUCUCAAAUAUAUUUUGAUUUGUUUAACAUUUUAGUCAUUUAGCAGACACUCUUAUCCAGAGUGACUUACAGUUAGUGAGUGCAUACAAUGUUUAAUUUUUUACAUUUGAACCUUUUUUAGUUUUUUAUACUGGCCCCCCUGUGGGAAACAAACCCACAACCCUGGCGUUGCAAACACCAUGCUCUACCAACUGAGCUACAUCCCUGCCGGCCAUUCCCUCCCCUACCCUGUACGACGCUGGGCCAAUUGUGCGCCGCCCCAUGGGUCUCCCGGUCGCGGCCGGCUACGACAGAGCCUGGUUUCGAACCAGGAUCUCUAGUGGCACAGCUUGCACUGCGAUGCAGUGCCUUAGACCACUGCGCCACUCGGGAGACAGUUUAACACUUUUUUUUGGUCACUACAUGAUUCCAUAUGUGUUUAUUCAUAGUAUUGAUGUCUUCACUAUUAUUCUACAAUGUAGAAAAUAAUAAAAAUAAAGAAAAACCCUGGAAUGAGUAGGCGUGUCCAAACUUUUGACUGGUUCUGUAUGUUUUUCCUUAGCCAGCUCUAUUCCUGCUGCUGUUGUUGUUGUUGUUUUCUUGGACAUUGUCAUAAGGCAGUCAGGUGUUGACAUAAUUAUUGUCAUCCAAGCGAUUGGAGAUGAAAUUACUUGUUUAUGGUCACAGUCAUGAGGGCUUCCCAUUUGAACUGGGUAAUGUUGUUAUAAAGUUGCUUUCUGGCAGUUGUCCCCUCUGUGUGGCAAUGGGUGGAGGUUUGCCUGCUUACAUAACCACUGCUGAUCACUAUCAAUGAAUGACUCUGGUCUUGUCAACAAGAUUGACUUAACUAGCAUUCUUUCUUUUUACAUUUUUGUUGUUUAUUGGAAAGUUAUUUUAAAGGGGUACAAAGUGCUUCAAUUAACUUAAGUUGAACUUUGAGUGCUUACUCCCAGGUCACGGUUACUGGUGGAAUUCUAUGAGUACUGUUGAAUGCAUGCACAGUUUUACUAUAAUAUUUCAGUUUUUCCUUCAACUUUUGUAUACUGAUGUUCCCUUAUCUCUGACAGAGGGACUUCAAUGAGUUGAGUCUCAACCUGGAAAGAAGGCUGGUUAUGUAAGAGGUUUUCAAACUGCUCCAGAAUUCAUGCGAUAACUCCCACCCGCCUCUGGUCUCCCCUCCCUCCCCCUCCCUCUUCCCUCUCACACCACGCACACACUUCGUGCCACUCUGGCGCUCAAAAAGCAGGGAAGGAUUUUCCACCUCUUCUUUCCCUCCAUUUUCCCCCUUUUUCUCUGAUGUAACAGUGUUUGAGCUGAGGCUCGGUUGCAGUGGCUCCCUCCCUUCAACCACUCAGCUGAUUACAAGCCUUAUGUAAGGACUGGAGGGAUAAUGAGGGGAAAAUGGGACCGGUUGAUACUAGCUGGAAAAAGCAAAGUCCCACGCAUGGAAUAAAACGUUUUCAAAUUAGGUUGCAAAAAAAUACAUUUGUUUUAUAGGUUUUGCAGUGUUAGACUAUAGACAUAAAGUCCUAGACUUUCACUUGAAGAGUUUUGUUUUGGUGAUAUUACUAAAGUACUUGAUGCUGAAUUUGCUUAAAGCCACCGUUGUUUGAGUUGAAAAACCUCCUGUGAUUGCUGUGUACCUGGCUGUGUUUGCUGUAUGACUUUGUGUACAGUGCAGCCUGCCCUGCACGGUGCCAGUAGAGUUGUGCCCUUUGGGCAGAGAGCAGAUUGUGUGAAAACAGGUGAGCACAUGGAGGCACUCCAGGUUAUUUCCUUGGCAUAGGGCUGAGAGCUGAGGGUUAUUUAACAGAGCUUCAGAGAGAGAGAGAGCCUCUGGGUGCAUAGCAGCCAGACAGACAGACAGACAGACAGACGGAGAGACGUGGUCAAACUGCCAACAAACGGAACAACAAAUAUAACAGACCUUUGAGCUGUUUACCUUGUAUCGCUUACAAUGGGAAACAUGUAGAUUAUCUGACAACAUUAUCAUAAUACCUCACUAUGAAUCCCUCUAGCUACCGCUUCCCAUACAAACACAGAAUGAACUCAAACAAAACCUCUUACAUCCACAUUUACUUGUUAUUCUUGUCCGUGUCCAGAAAUCCUUCUUCAUGCGCCUGACGGGGGAAAACAAGUCGGAGAUGUUCUUCAAGGUGUUCUAUGAGAGGAUGAAGCUAGCCCAGCAGGAGAUCAAGGCCACUGUGACCGUCAACACCAGCGACCUGGGCAGCAAGAAGAAAGACGAGGAGCCCCCGGACAAGGACACGCCCACUGCUAAAGGAAAGAAAGGUCAGGGGUCAGGAUAGCGGGCCUGGUGUGAACAACAUCCUGUUCCUGUCUACUGAGACAGUCAAUGCAGUGAAUUUACUGCACUCAGAACAUGUCACAAAUCAUACAUCAGUCAUUCACAAACAAGCUCACGUUCUGUGACAGCUACAGCUCUGCUCCUGUGUGCACUGUGCAGUGAGACUCUCCCAUGUCUUACUCUGUUGCCCUUCGCUGUGUGUGUCUCUGAAUUCUCCUGCUCCUCUCUCUACAGGAAUGGAGGUGGCAGUGGUGUCUACGGUGGCGGUUACCAUAGUGACGGAGGAGGUCAAGGAGCAACUUGUGGAGGCGUCCACGGUCACUAAGAAGGCGUUCACAAGGUACCGGCGCGAGGCCGAGGCAGAGGAGCACCUGGCUGCCUCUGAGGGUCAGGGCCCCGCCAGCACUCCAGACGACCAGGAAGGGGAGAUGAGCGUCAUUAUCACCAUCAUGCAGCCCAUCCUGCGCCUCAUGCAGCUGCUGUGUGAAAACCACAACAGGGAGCUGCAGGUUGGUCAGCCACACCACCAGGGGGCACUAGUCUGGUUUACAUUACACAAUUUAGUAAUAAAAGGGAGGCUCCGAUGGUUGCUCAGGCCCCAUGGCGCACUUACCGUUUCAGUGCUGGUAAAUUUCCGUCACCAGAUCUUUAUACAGAAAUGAAACCAUAUGGUGAAAAUAGACAUCCGUUGGAACAACGUGAUGCAACUGUUUCCAUAUCUGGUAGCGCUCGGUCUGGUUUCACUAUGAGGACGAUUGUGUUUAGAAAUGGGGACGUCCAAUACCUCAGACAGACAGUGAACUUCCCCCAAUAACAUCCUCUGUGCAGUAAGGUCAAGGCUCCACAUCAUUGACAGAUAGCUGGAUGCUGAAUCACCGUGGCUCGUAAUCAGUUGUGCAGUGUAUAUGGCGUGGCUGGAUUGAUCCUGAGCCAAACACACAGCGGGCUAAGAUAAUCAUGAUUUAAUCUCAUUGAGAUGUUUAGACUCACAAAUUAAACAUGCGUCUCAUCAUUAGAUAAACCAGCCAUUUAAUUAAACUCUUAGGCAGAAAGCAACUGUAACAGGUAGCCUUUUUAACACAGCAAAUGAAGCAUUGAUAAUUGGUCAUUUCUGAUUAUAUUAUACUCAAAAGCCAGUGGUCCUCUGUAGCUCAAUUGGUAGAGCAUGGCGCUUGUAACGCCAGGGUAGUGGGUUCGAUCCCCGGGACCACCCAUACGUAAAAAUGUAUGCACACAUGACUAUAAGUCGCUUUGGAUAAAAGCGUCUGCUAAAUAGCCUAUUAUUAUUAGUUUUCAGUGGAAUAAACCAAUUUGUUCAUAGAGAGAUCUGAGCGCAUUGUUCAUAUUGCCAAUGUUUAGAAAGAACAUAUGAAUUAGUGUGUCUCUAACUUUGAGUUGUGUGUCUCUUUCCUCCAGAACUUCCUACGGUGUCAGAACAACAAGAACAACUAUAAUCUGGUGUGUGAGACGCUGCAGUUCCUGGACUGUAUCUGUGGCAGCACCACGGGAGGCCUGGGUCUACUGGGACUCUACAUCAAUGAGAAGAACGUAGGCCUCAUCAACCAGACAGUAGAGAGCCUCACAGAGUACUGCCAGGGACCCUGCCAUGAGAAUCAGGUGGGCAUACACACACACACACACACUCACAGACACACCGAUUUUACAAAUGUUGUGUUUUGAGGUUCCUCCUACUGUCUAGAUCAAAAGUAUUGUUUUAUAUGUGCACAUGCUAUCACGUUUCAGGAGAAGACCCAGAUGCAGACAGUAUCGAAGUAACAAACGUUUAUUACAAAAACAGGGGGCAGGCAAACGACAGGUCAAGGGCAUGCAGAGGUCGGUAACAGGAAACAGGAGACAAAGGGCUGUGAGACAUGGGUUUGAUCCUAGACACAUGAAAAGUGGGAUGUAUACGGAGGGUACGGGGCAACAGAAGACGAACAGCAGAGGGGCUAAUGAUCUUGGAGAUGGGGAAAGGGCCGAUAAAUCGGGGGGAAAGUUUGCAGGACUCCACCCGGAGGGGCAGAUCUCGGGUGGACAGCCAUACCUUCUGCCCGAGACGAUACCGGGGAGCCGGGGUCCGGUGGCGAGCCGCUUGUUGUCGAUACCUGGAGGUGGUCUUGAGAAGAGCCGACUGGGCUCUCCUCCAGGUACGACGACAGCGGCGGACAAACAUUUGGGCCGAGGGUAUGCCGACCUCUUCCUCUUGCUCCGGGAAGAGUGGGGGCUGUUAACCCAUACUCAAAGGGCGAAAGACCCGUGGCAGAGCAGGGAAGGGUGUUGCGGGCAUUUUUCGACCCACACUAGUUGCUGGCUCCAGGUGGUGGGGUUGGCGGAGACCAGGCAGCGCAGAGUCGUCUCCAGGUCUUGGUUGGCUCGCUCCGACUGGCCGUUGGACUGAGGGUGGAAACCGAAGGACAGGCUGGCCGACGACCCAAUGAGUGUGCAGAACGGAGGACCCCGGUCGGAGACCAUGUCCACUGGGAGUCCAUGGAUCCGGAAGACGUGCUGCACCAUGAGCUGGGCCAUCUCUUUGGCGGUGGUUAGCUUGGGGAGAGGAAUGAAGUGUGUGGCUUUGUAAAACCGGUCCACAACUGUCAGGAUGGCGGUGUUGCCAUCAGACGGGGGAAGACCUGUGACAAAGUCCAGGGAUAUGUGAGACCAGGGACGGUGAGGAACAGGCAUAAGUUGGAGGAGACCAGCCGGAGCUUGCAGAGGAGUCUUGUGCUGCGCACAGAUCGUGCAGGCGGCGACGAACCAGGAGACGUCAGGAACCAUGGUAGGCCACCAAAAGCGUUGUCGCACAAAGGCCGUGUGGCAAGCAAGCCUGGGGGAGUGGGCCCACUCCAUAACCGAGGAGCGGACAGCGUCAGGAAAAAACAUAUGGUUAUCUGCCCCCCCCCCCCCCCCCCCCCCCCCCCGGGGUUUGGCUGGGAACGCUGCGCCUCCCAGACCUGCUUCUCUAUUCCCCAACUGAGUGCAGUCGCCAAGCACAAGGUGGGAAGGACGGUCUUGGAUUCCGGGGGUGUAGGCGCGGGGCUGUAGCGGCGUGACAGCACAUCUGGCUUGACAUUCUUAGAUCCCGGUCGGUAUGAGAGGGAGAAGUUGAACCGGGUGAAAAGCAGGGCCCACCUAGCUUGCCUGGAAUUGAGACGCUUGGCAGUGCAGAGAUAUUCCAUGUCCUUGUGGUCUGUCCACACAAUGAAUGGAUGUUCUGGCCCCUCCAGCCAGUGCCUUCACACCUCCAAUGCCAUCUUCACCACGAGAAGCUCACGAUUCCCCACAUCUUAAUUCCUCUCCGUGGUGUUGAGGCAAUGGGAGAAGAAGGUGCAGGGAUGUAACUUGAGGUCCAGGGCGGAACGCUGGGACAGGACCGCCCCACUCUGACAUCCGAAGCAUCGGCCUCCACCACGAACUGACGGGACGGGUCAGGAUGAACCAAGAUGGGAGCAGUGGUGAAACAGUGUUUGAGGUCCCAGAACGCCCGGUCAGCAGCUGGGGACCAUGUGAACGGAACCUUGGGAGAGGUGAGUGCAGACAGGGGGGAAGCCAGGGUGAUGUAACCCCGGAUAAAGCGGCAAUAAAAGUUGGCGAAUCCCAGGAAACAUUGCAGCUGCACUCUGGACGUAGGCUGGGGCCAAUCCACCACCGCUCUCACGUUCCCGGGAUCCACCUGUACACUCCCUGCAGCGAUGAUGUAGCCCAGGAAGGGGAUGGUAGAGCGAUGGAAUUCGUAUUUCUCCGGUUUCACAAAAAGCUGGUUCUCCAGGAGGCGUUGGAGGACCUGUCGGACGUGGAGCAUGUGUUCUUGGGUGGAGCGGGAGAUGACAAGGAUCUCAUCGAGGUAGACGAAGACGAACCAGUUCAACAUGUCGCGGAGAACAUCCUUAACCAGGACCUGGAACACAGCUGGAACAUUGGUAAGGCCAAAUGGCAUGACCAGAUACUCGUAGUGACCGCUGGCUGUGUUGAAGGCAGUCUUCCACUCGUCCCCCUCCCAAAUCCGCACCAGGUGGCAGGCGUUCCGUAGGUCCAGCUUGGAGAACACGUUGGCCCACUGGAGCAGCUCAAAGGCCGAGGAGAUGAGUGGUAGUGGGUAGCGGUUCUUCACCGUGAUGUCAUUUCGUCCCCGAGGCGGAGUGGUGCCUGGGAGAAAGUUGAUUCUGCAGUCGUAGGGUCAGUGCGGCGGAAGCAAAGUGGCCCGGGCCUUACUGAAAACCUCCCGGAGGUCCUGGCGGAGAGGUCCGAGGCAACUUCCGAGCCCCCAGGAAGACGUCCCGGGGCAGGCUGCGCUGACUUCAGGCAAUGAGCCUGGCAGAACGGGCUCCAGCCCAUGACGGUACCAGUUGACCAGUCAAUAAAGGGGUUGUGUAGCUGGAGCCAAGAGAAACCCAAUACCACGGGAAUCUGAGGAGACUUAACUAGCAGGAAAUGGAUCUUCUCGCUGUGGUUCCCUGAUACUCAUAGUUUGAUAAGGGUGGUAUUGUGGGUGACCCGGCCUAUAGAGCGCCCGUCCAGCGCGCUAACGUCCAUGGGAAUGGAGAGGGGCUGAGUGGGGAUGCCCAGCUCGGUUGCCAGGGUAGCAUCCAUAAAGCUCUCAUCGGCCCCAGAGUCGAUGAGUACACAGAGAGAUUUCGACUGGUUCCCCCACAGCAAGAUGGCAUGAAAGGGGGUGCGAGUAAGGGGAGAGGAAAAGUUAUCCGUAUGACCCACCAGAGUACUCGCUUUUACGGUGAGCCUGGUCUUUUCGUGGACAGGUGGUCACAAAAUGACCAGUUGUUCCGCAAUACAGGCAACUCUUGCUGUUCAGCUGGAGACAGCCUAGUUCUGCCUAGUUGCAUCAGCUCGGGAAGAGGUGAAUCGGCAGACUUCGGAGACUCUCGAGGGAACUCGGGUAGCAUUGGGUUCUCUCUGCAACUGAGCUAUCGGGGACUUCUGGGAUUCCUCGGAGGUGAAGUGGAAUCCUGGUUGGGGGGGGGGGGGGGUGCGAUUGGAAUCGGACUUCCUCUCCUUCCUUCGUUCCCAAAGUCGCCCAUCGAUCCGAAUGGUCAAGGUGAUGAGCGAGUUGAUAUCCGUCGGUAGUUCCCGGGCUGCAAGCUCGUCCUUUACUUCCUCUGAUACUCCGUGCAGGAACAUGUCGAACAGCGCUUCCGGGUUCCAGGCACACUCAGCUGCCAACGUGCGGAAAUACACUGCAUUGGCUGCCCGGAGUAACACUCCCUGACAAUGGAGCGUCGAAAACCUUCUUUACCUCCUGCAUGAACUCCUCCAGACUGAAGCAUACGGCCGACUGUUGUUCCCACACUUCCGUAGCCCAGGCGAGAGCCCUCCCGGACAUCAACCUGAUGAGGUACGCUAUCUUAGAGCUGUCCGAGGGGAAGGAGGAGGGCUGCAGCUCGAUGAUGAGCGAACACUGAGCGAGAAAUGCCCGACAGGUUCCCGACUCUCCAGCGAAGUGUUCCGUGGGAGGUAAGCAGGGUUCUCGGGAAACCAGGGUGGCUGGGGAGAGCACGCUGCUAACAGCCGGGUUACUGAGGGGCUGGGAGGUUACAAUCAUGGUAGGCUGCCUAACAGACAACCCGCGGAAUUGCUCCAGCAAUGUGUUAAACACUCGGUCAAGGCGUUUGGCCAAGGUCUGGAACCCUUCCAUGAGACCAUGAAGAAACUCCUCGUUCCUUCCAAUGGUGGCUCCUUGGGAGGAGAUGACGUUGUGGACCUGGUCCGAGUCUGCUGGCUCAGUCAUGGCCAGUUCUUACUAUCACGUUUCAGGAGAAGACCCAGAUGCAGACAGUGUCGAAGUAACAAACAUUUAUUACAAAAACAGGGGGCAGGCAAACGACAGGUCAAGGGCAGGCAGAGGUCAGUAAUCCAGAUCAGAGUCCAAAAGGGACAGAACGGUAGGCAGGCUCAGGGUUAGGGCAGGCAGAAUGGUCAAAACUAGAAAACAGGCACUUGAGAAAGACAGGAGCAAGGGGGAAAACGAUGGUAGGCUUGACGAUACAAAACGAACUGGCAACAGAUAAACACAGGUAUAUAUACACUGGGGAUAAUGGGGAAGAUGGGCCACACCUGGAGGGGGGUAGAGACAAUCACAAAGACAGGUGAAACUGAUCAGGGUGUGACACAUGCAGUAUCAUGAAACGUUGUAGUCAAAUUACCCAGUGAUUGCAUAUAACUGAUGGUUCUAUUUCAGUAAUUGCAGGGUUGGUCUUAUUUGGCAGUGCUUUAUUUGGCUUUUACAUUCUCUUUACAAGCCCAGCUAGGUCCCAGUACACAGCUGCAUACUUCUAGAAGGCUUUCCUUGCAUGGCUUUUCUUUGCAGGAUCAUGUUAGACUAAACUAAACCCUUUGUAAUAUUGUUUUCUGGUAAAUCUGCCAAUAUUUUGACUCAACCAUCAACACAAUGUCACAUCAGUCCCAGAGAGGGAUUCAAACGUUUCCUGUAUGUAUGUUUCUCUGUCAGAACUGCAUCGCCACUCAUGAAUGCAACGGUAUCGACAUCAUCAUUGCUCUGAUCCUCAACGACAUCAACCCCCUGGGCAAGAAGAGGAUGGACCUGGUGCUGGAGCUCAAGGUAAGGACACCCUGUCUUGGUUUAGUAGUCAUGUUGCACCCUAUAUCGUUUUCCUUCAUUAUCCAUUUGGCAUAUUUCUUUGUUCUGUAUUUGUAUUUGUAUUUAUUAUGGAUCCCACUUAGCUGCUGCCAAGGCAGCAGCUACUCUUCCUGGGGUCCAGCAAAAUUAAGGCAGUUAUACAAUUCUAAAACAUUACAAUACAUUCACAACAGAUUUCACAACACAUUAAGUGUGAGCCCUCAGGCCCCUACUCUACUACCACAAAUCUACAACACAAAAUCCAUGUGUACGUAUGUGUAUAGUGCGUAUGUUAUUGUGUGUGUGUAUGCAUGUGUCUGUGCCUAUGUUUGUGUUGCUUCACAGUCCCCUCUGUUUCCUAAAGUGUAUUUUUAUCAGUUUUUUAAAUUAAAUUUUACUGCUUGCUUGAGUUACUUGAUGUGGAAUAGAGUUUCAUGUAGUCAUGGCUCUAUGUAGUACUGUGCGCCUCCCAUAGCCUGUUCUGGACUUGGGGACUGUGAAGAAACCUCUGGUGGCAUGUCUUGUGGGGUAUGCAUGGGUGUCCCAGCUGUGUGCCAGUAGUUCAAACAGACAGCUCGGUUCAUUCAACAUGUCAAUACCUCUCACAAAUACAAGUAGUGAUGAAGUCAAUCUCUCCUCCACUUUGAGCCAGGAGAGAUUGACAUAUUAUUAAUGUUAGCUCUCUGUGUACAUCCAAGGGCCAGCCGUGCUGCCCUGUUCUGAGCCAAUUGCAAUUUUCCUAAGUCCCUCUUUGUGGCACCUGACCACACGACUGAACAGUAGUCCAGGUGCGACAAAACUAGGGCCUGUAAGGACCUGCCUUGUUGAUAGUGCUGUUAAAAAGGCAGAGUAGCGCUUUAUUAUGGAAAGACUUCUCCCCAUCUUAGCUACUGUUGUAUCAAUAUGUUUUCACCAUGACAGUUUACAAUCCAGGGUUACUCCAAGCAGUUUAGUCACCUCAACUUGCUCAAUUUCUACAUUAUUUAUUACAAGAUAUAGUUGAGGUAUAGGGUUUAGUGAAUGAUUUGUCUCGAAUACAAUGCUUUUCGUUUUUGAAAUAGUUAGCACUAACAUAUUCCUUGCCACCCAUUCGGAAACUAACUGCAGCUCUUUGUUAAGUGUUGCAGUCUUUUCAGUUGCUGUAGUAGCUGACGUGUAUAGUGUUGAGUCAUCUGCAUACAUAGACACACUGGCUUUACUCAAAGCCAGUGGCAUGUUGUUAGUAAAGAUUGAUAAAAGUAAGGGGCCUAGACAGCUGCCCUGAGGAAUUCCUGAUUCUACCUGGAUUGUGUUGGAGAGGCUUCCAUUAAAGAAUACCCUCUGUGUUCUGUUAGACAGGUAACUCUUUAUCCACAAUAUAGCAGGGGGUGUAAAGCCAUAACACAUACGUUUUUCCAGCAGCAGACUAUGAUCGAUAAUGUCAAAAGCCGCACUGAAUUCUCACAAAACAGCCCCCCAAAUAUUUUUAUCAUCAAUUUCUCUCAGCCAAUCAUCAGUAAUUUGUGUAAGUGCUGUGCUUGUAGAAUGUCCUUCCCUAUAAGCGUGCUGAAAGUCUGUUGUCAAUUUGUUUACUGUAAAAUAGCAUUGUAUCUGGUCAAACACCAUUUUUUCCAAAAGUUUACUAAGGGUUGGUAACAGGCUGAUUGGUAGGCUAUUUGAGCCAGUAAAGGGGGCAUUACUAUUCUUAGGUAGCGGAAUAACCUUUGCUUCCCUCUGGGCCUGAGGGCACACACUUUCUAGUAGGCUUAAGUCUUCGUUUCAAUGCAUUUUUUUACCUUCAGUACUCAUGACAACCUGAAUGUUAUCCAUACUCCUGAUGUUCUGUCUCCCUUGCCCCUCUCUCUUUCUGUUCCAGAAUAAUGCCUCCAAGCUCCUCUUGGCCAUCAUGGAGAGUCGCCAUGACAGUGAGAACGCAGAGAGGAUACUAUACAACAUGAGGCCCAAAGAACUGGUGAGUGGCAUAUACAGUGUUGGUUGCCAGAUGCACAUGCAGCACAGCAUGGCACAGAGGACAAUGUUAAGGCGAAGUUAUCUGACGGUCUGGUUUGUGACGUUCAUGUGCAGGUGGAGGUGAUAAAGAAGGCCUACAUGCAAGGGGAGGUGGAGCCAGAGGAGCCUGCUGAGGAAGAUGAAGAUGGUGAGGAAGAGCAUGCAGCCUCUCCAAGAAACGUGGGCCAUAACAUCUACAUCCUGGCUCAUCAGGUACUGCAGAUCACUGACUGGCUGCAUGCAACUUUACACCCCCAUACAGUACCCAAGCUGACAAGGUAAAAAAUCUGUCAUUCUGCCCCUGAGUAAGGCAGUUAACCCACUGUUCCCCGGGCUCCGAUGACGUGGAUGUCGAUUAAGGCAGCCCGAUUCAGAGGGGUUGGGUUAAAUGAGGAAGACACAUUUCAGUUGAAUGCAUUCAGUUGUACAACUGACUAGGUAUCCCCCUUUCCUUUCCUUUACCCCUGUAACAGCUAAACAACCUAUAGGCAUAUUACAUCAGUGCACUACCCUCCUUGCUUCCACCGUAACCCCCCUAAGGCACAAUACAGAUCAAUACAGCUCUAUGCACGACUGUGUUUAUUCACGUAGUUAUGUGGGUGAACAACACCGACAGUUUCAGUUAUGUAGGUGAAAAUGUUGAUCCCAAGUCAUGAUGCCCUGCAGGCUAGUGGGUGAACACUGAACAGAGUCUGCAUCCUGUACUUGGAGCACAAAGCUAAACAGUGGCAUGUACUGUCAGACACUCCACUUAUCUGCAUCGCAGUGCUAGCUGUGCCACUAGAGAUCCUGGUUCGAAUCCAGGCUCUGUCGUAACCGACCGCGACCGGCCCAGCGUCGUCCAGGGUAGGGGAGGGAAUGGCCGGCAGGGAUGUAGCUCAGUUGGUAGAGCAUGGCGUUUGCAACGCCAGGGUUGUGGGUUCAAUUCCCACGGGGGCCAGUAUGAAAAAAUUAAUAAAUAUAUAAUAAUAAUAAUAAUACUAAUAAAUAAUAAUGUAUGCUCUCAAUAACUGUAAGUCGCUCUGGAUAAGAGCGUCUGCUAAAUGACUAAAAUGUAAAUGUAAUGUCAGUGUCAGUCACCUGUACACACACCUAACACGUUCCAUGAAGUUGGUGACUUAGAAAACCCUGAUCGUCAAUUUUGACCAAUGUACAAUGAAAAUUCACAACAAUAAUGUGGUACUGACGACAUAGGUACAUUCAUACAAUGUUGUUGUUUCAGUUGGCCCGCCACAACAAGGAGCUGCAGGCUAUGUUGAAGACCUAUGGGGAGGGAGAUGAAGCCCUGGAGUUCUAUGCCAAGCACACAGCUCAGAUUGAGGUCAGUCAUUUUACUCAUGAUUCAGGAGAGUCAGCCAUUGUGGCUCUGCCACUGCCAGUGUCCUCUCCCUGCACUGAAAUUGAAGAUGCAUUUUGUCCACUGUGUUUUUACUAUGUGAUUUUCCGUUUUAUUACCCCUGUGUUCACUAUGGUGGAUUGCAACAUGUAUUCUGGCAAAAAUAUGUUUUGACUUUUGUUACCCUACUCAUGUGACAGUCAUGUUAUUUUUCUUGGCCUAAUUUUCAUACUGUCAGUAUUUUGUUAGCAUAUGAAUAUGACUAGCAGCUUUGGUAUGUUUGCACGUGUUCCACUGUGUGCUCAGCAAGGGGAAAGAAUGCUGUCUGUUGACAAUGCACAAAACCUCAAAUGAGGAAGAGCUUAUCAAAUUAGUGUAAGGUGUUGCACAGUGCUUUUAUACACACAGCCACUUAUACACACUCUCUACUCCUCUUCAAGUGUAUAACAUUAUUAUAGCCAGAAAAUGUAUUAGCCAUUUUUCCAAGGGGAAGAAUAGGAACCGACAUGCCACUAUCUAACCAUAAAGUUUGGGGCCUACCCAAUACAGGGCCUAGAGUUGCCCGUACCCCCCCUGAGAGAGAAGGUCUGUGACAGGCAGCGUUGGCUGCAUGUGGUUGUGUCCAGAUUGUGCGGCUGGAUCGCACCAUGGAGCAGAUAGUCUUCCCCGUGCCCAACAUCUGUGAGUUCCUCACCAACGAGUCAAAGCUGCGGGUGUACUACACCACGGAGCGCGAUGAGCAGGGCAGCAAGAUCAACGACUUCUUCCUGCGCUCCGAGGACCUCUUCAACGAGAUGAACUGGCAGAAGAAGCUGCGAGGUACUCAAGAGCCAACCACUGGUAACGCAAACACGGUUCCCUGUGCGUCCCUCUCCCUACCUCUCUAUACUAGGUACCUGCUUUACAUGCCCUCAGCCCUCCCUGACCCCUCCGGGUCCCUCAGGAGACACCCCAGGCUGGGUCGGGUUCUCCCUGCCUGGGCCAGAGACCCACCCUGAACCCUGGAGGGAAGGGAGGGAGGGGAGAGGGCAUGUAAAGGUUGUACAUUAAGUUAGAGCAGCUAACAUAAAGUGGAUAAAGGCUAAGAUAUUUACAGUGUAAGGUUGGAGUGAAAUGUUUACAUGACAGAGGGGGAAUUGUUGAGAAUGUGGGUGUGACUUACUGCCAGGUCUCAUAAAGAAUUGUGAAAUUCUUGAUUGACACAUGUUCACGCCCCACACAUACCACUGUUUUCACAAGCAGCUACAGUACUGUACAUUUGUUUAUGUUCCCACACAUAAUCACAUGGGAUAUAUUUGGAUUGUUUACUACACUGAGUACAUGCCAUGGCCCUGUCUCGGAGGGAGAGAAUAGAUAGCUAGACAAGAGGCUGAGCUGCUCUGAGAAUAGGGUGUAAUGGGAUUGGAGGUCAGUCUGGGUGGGUCUCUUCCAUGGAGAGUCAGUCCAGGAUCCAGCAGACCAUCAGUACAGCAGCAGUCAAUACUCCCUUCAGACACAACUGCUAGCCCCAGGCCCACAAGGGUUGAGGCAGCACAGACUGAGAGCGAUCAGGAAGUCCCCUGGCAUGAGCCAUCUAUAGGACUGCUGGAGAGUGUGGUGGAGGACAGGACCAGAUUAGGCCUACUUGAUGAAUGGGAUCCAGAUGCCAUGAGAGGGACUGGGGGAUAGAGUGAUUCAAUAGAGUGAGAAGAAAGGAUUUUUUGUGGAGGUAGAGGGUUAGACAUUUAGAGAAUAAGAUUAGCGUUAUCAGAAUCUGUUUGCAGACAGUAUAACACCCUAAGCCUCAAGGGAGGUUAAAAAAAGGGGAAAAAAAGUCCUACAGUAACUCUUGGUGUGAUUGUUGAUGCCCUCAUCCCAAGUCCACCCGCCAAACAUCCCCCAUGUUACACAUUCAGUAGGGCGUCUCCCUACUGAUGCCUAGUUCCUGAUUCCUCCAUCCCCCCUCUCAGGCUGUGAUCGCUGUAUGACUGCACUCUUUGUUUCCUCAAUGGGAGCGUGUUUCUGCCUGUCUGUCCCUCUGUGAGCCCUGUACUGUAGGAAGGGUCUGCACUCUGACACACGUGACACACGCCUCUGUCUUAUCUGAAUGAAACAGCAGCACAGGGACUGAGAGGCCAUGUUGUUCCGUUAGUGCUAAUCUCAAGUCAUGAGUGCGGUGGCUUCUGUUUAUAAAAGGCCCCACCCUCAGUUCCUCUUUUCAAAUGAAAAAGCUGCCUCCAAAAUAGCAGCGGCCACGCAACCGACCGACUCUCUGAGCAAAGACCAUGUGGGCAGAAGGCGAGGCGAGCGUGGCUUAUGUUGGCCGGGGAAGUGGUUGGCGGUCAUGAGUGUCCAAGUUGGAUGUUCAAAUCCUUGGGUCAAGGGCUGGACAGUACUGAACACACUCCAAAAUCAGCCCGUAGUAUUUAUGUACACCAAAAAAGCAUGCUAAUUGGCUUUGCACCCUUUCGAUGUUUAGGUGAAGUUUUUGCUUUGCUGUUUAGUGUGUAUUUGACCCUUGCAAAUUGCCUAUCUGACCCUACCCUUACGCUGUUUGAAAAUAAACAGAUUGUGAACCUUAGCCUGGACGUAAUUCUAGUUUAAUGUAGAACUAACCCUCAGUUUGAAAAACUGCUCUGGUGUGAAAAUGUGUUAGCUUAUGUAACCAUUGUAUGUAGUUCUAUGUACUAUCAUCAUCACACUUUGAUUAUUUGAAUCAACUGUCUAGUGCAAAAACCAAAAUGUGCACCCCUAUUGGGUUGAAUGCUUCAGCUGACACAAACAACGCAAACACUUCAGUCAUUUCCUGGAACAGUUGCAGGAUAGUGAAGACCUGUGCCACUGGGGUGUAUUAUUUGCUGCGAGAAAAACUGAUAAGUGAAUCGCCCAAUCACCCAUGAUGUUUUGGUACCAGCUAACAGUAACCUUCAUACAACUGUAACCAAAUACAAAAUUGCCACCCCUUCCCCCCUUUAAAAAAUGUCAUACUAGACAUAAUUCUAACCCCUAGUGGUAUAUGUCUUAUAUUUGAGAUUUAGCUCUAGAUGCAAUUGUGAUUGUUAAAAAUGUCUAAUGCACUGCAUCGCAGUGCUAGAGGCAUCACUACAGACCCGGGUUCGAUCCCGGGCUGUAUCACAACCGUCCGUGAUCGGGAGUCCCAUAGGACGGCGCACAUUUGGCCCAGCAUCGUGAGGGUUUGGCUGGGGGGGGGGGGGCAUUACUUCGCUCAUCGCGCUCUACCGACUCCUUGUGGCGGGCCGGGCGCCUGCAGGCUGACCUUGGCCAUUAGUUGAACAGUGUUUCCUCCGACACAUUGGUGCGGCUGGCUUCCGGGUGAAGCGGGUGGGUGUUAAGAAGCGCGGUUUGGCGGGUCAUGUUUCGGAGGACGCAUGACUCGACCUUCGCCUCCCGAGCCCGUUGGGGAGUUGCAGCGAUGAGACAAGAUCAGAAUUAGGGAGAAAAAAAAGGGAUACUUUGGGAUUUCCCCCAGAGUCAGGUAAACUUGUAGAUAUCAUUUGUAUGUCUCUGUGUCCAGUAUGAAGGGAAGUUGGAGGUAGUUUCGUGAGCAAAUGGUAACUAGUGUUUGCGCAAUGACGACUGGAAGUCUAUGGGUAUCUACUAGCAGAUACCAUAGACUUCCAGUCAUUGUACUAACACUAGUUAGCAGUUGUGCUAGCGCUAGUUAGCAACUUCCUUCAAACUGCACGCAGAGACAUAAAAAUGUUAUCCACGAGUUCAUCUGACUCCGGAAGUAUCCCUUUAAGAACCUCUGCAUUGUGCAAAAUAAUAAUAAUAAUAAUAAUAAUAAUAAUAAUAAUAAUAAUAAUAAUAAUUUAUUACAUUUGUAAAGUGCUUUUCAUUAUUCAGAAUAAUCUCAAAGUGCGUAAGUGGACAAUCCUCCAAUGAAUGCUUUGUCAAAUGUGUUUACAUGUGCCAUAGAUACUGUAUGUGCAUCUCCUGUGAUGUGUUCUGUGAAUCUUGUAUAAGUUUGGCGAGUGCAGCGGUAUUGUGAUGGUGGUGUAGUUGUAGUAGUGAAUGCACUGCGUUGUUUUCUGGUGUAGAGGUGGUCCUAUUGACUAUGUAUUGACCGUGUGUGUUGGCCCUCUUCGUCCCCUCUCCAGCCCAGCCCAUUCUGUACUGGUGCUCCCGCAACAUGUCCUUCUGGAGCAGCAUCUCCUUCAACCUGGCCGUGCUCAUGAACCUGCUGGUGGCCUUCUUCUACCCUCUGGAAGGAAUCCGCGGAGGUCAGUGAGUUCUCUCCUCCUCCUUCUCCCCUACCUCCUCAAUCGCUCUCUCGCUCAGCUAAAUAAUAUGCAGGGUAUCUGUGCCAAACGAUGGCUGAUCUCUGUAUGUGUAGCUAGAGGUUCUCUGUUUAAUUCUACAAGUGUGACUGUUACCAAACUGGAUAUUGGAGCGAAUGUCAAGCACAUACCAUUAAAGCAGGGGAACUGCAUUACAACGCACAUUACACACAAACACUGUUUGGGAAGGUGAAUGGAGCGUGAACUGGGUCACCACUGUUUUCAAACUGUUCUCUGAAAAUAUUGUGAUUUCACUUUGCCAAACGGUACAUUUCAACAGUAAUUUAUGCUUAUUUAGUCACGCUCAGGAUGACUUAGCUUACAGUUUGAAACAAGCAUGUUUAUAAAGCUCUAUUAUGAGUGAAUCAAGGUUAUGUGACUACCUACUCCACACAAUGUCUUUGAGAUAAUUAUUUGGAUAUUAAAAACAAUUCCUUUCAUACAUUUAUGAAGGUAACCUUUACCUCUGAUCUGUGAUACAAGGCUGGAUUCCUGUCUCAUGCCUGUGGUUUUGGUGUAGCAUCACACCAUUCUAACUUAUGUAAACCUCGAUCACUGGCAUCACUUAUUAAUGUCAGGUCCUCUGAAUCAGGCCCUGACCUGAUUAUUGAUAUGGGGUUUGAGCUAAACAUACACACACACACAUUAACUUAAUUAACCUGUUACCAGACUCCUGUCUUCACUCUGAUGCUGACGAGUCUGCAGUCAGGAUCCAUUGCCAUGUCUCUGUCUCUCAAGUUUCACAUUUUAUUGUCACAUGCACAGAAUACAGCAGGUGUAAAACAGUACAGUGAAAUGCUUAACUUGUGAGCUCUUUCCCAAUAAUGUGCAAUAAAGGUAGUAAUAUACACUACCAUUCAAAAGUUUGGGGUCACUUAGAAAUGUCCUUUUUCGAAAGAAAAGCAAUUGUUUUGUCCAUUAAAAUAACAUCAAAUUGAUCAGAAAUACAUUGUAGACAUUGUUAAUGUUGUAAAUGGCAGAUUUUUAAUGGAAUAUCUACAUAGGCGUACACAGGUCCAUUAUCAGCAACCAUCAGUCCUGUGUUCCAAUGGCAUGUUGUGUUUGCUAAUCCAAAUUGAUCAUUUUAAAAGGCUAAUUGAUCAUUAGAAAACCCUUUUGCAAUUAUGUUAGCACAGCUGAAAACUGUUGUGCUGAUUAAAGAAGCAAUAAAACUGGCCUUCUUGAGACUAGUUGAGUGUCUGGAGCAUCAGCAAUUGUGGGUUCGAUUACAGGCUCAAAAUGGCCAGAAACAAAUUACUUUCUUCUGAAACUCGUCAGUCUAUUCUUGUUCUGAGAAAUGAAGGCUAUUCCAUACGAGAAAUUGCCAAGAAACUGAAGAUCUCGUACAACGUUGUGUACUACUCCCUUCACAGAACAGCGCAAACUGGCUCUAACCAGAAUAGAAAGAGGAGUGGGAGGCCCCGGUGCACAACUGAGCAAGAGGACAAAUACAUUAGAGUGUCUAGUUUGAGAAAGGCGCCUCACAGGUCCUCAACUGGCAGCUUCAUUAAAUAGUACCCGCAAAACACCAGUCUCAACGUCAACAGUGACGAGGCGACUCCUGGAUGCUGACCUUCUUGGCAGAGUUGCAAAGAAAAAGCCAUAUCUCAGACUGCCAAACUUAAUAUUUUCUUUUUAUUGGCCAGUCUGAGAUAUGGCUUUUUCUUUGCAACUCUGCCUAGAAGGUCAGCAUCCCGGUGUCGCCUCGUCACUGUUGACGUUGAGACUGGUGUUUUGCGGGUACUAUUUAAUGAAGCUGCCAGUUGAGGACCUGUGAGGCGCCUUUUCCCCAAACCUUUGAACGGUAGUGUAGAUAAGAAAUAAAACAUAUGAAAUGUAACAGAAGAAAAAAAGAAAAACACGAGAAUGCAGUUACAGUGGGGGAAAAAAGUAUUUAGUCAGCCACCAAUUGUGCAAGUUCUCCCACUUAAAAAGAUGAGAGAGGCCUGUAAUUUUCAUCAUAGGUACACGUCAACUAUGACAGACAAAAUGAGAAAAAAAAUCCAGAAAAUCACAUUGUAGGAUUUUUUAUGAAUUUAUUUGCAGAUUAUGGUGGAAAAUAAGUAUUUGGUCAAUAACAAAAGUUUCUCAAUACUUUGUUAUAUACCCUUUGUUGGCAAUGACACAGGUCAAACGUUUUCUGUAAGUCUUCACAAGGUUUUCACACACUGUUGGCCCAUUUCUCCAUGCAGAUCUCCUCUAGAGCAAUGAUGUUUUGGGGCUGUUUAGGGGCAACACAGACUUUCAACUCCCUCCAAAGAUUUUCUAUGGGGUUGAGAUCUGGAGACUGGCUAGGCCACUCCAGGAUGCUUCUUACGAAGCCACUCCUUCGUUGCCCGGGCGGUGUGUUUGGGAUCAUUGUCAUGCUGAAAGACCCAGCCACGUUUCAUCUUCAAUGCCCUUGCUGAUGGAAGGAGGUUUUCACUCAAAAUCUCACGAUACAUGGCCCCAUUCAUUCUUUCCUUUACACGGAUCAGUCGUCCUGGUCCCUUUGCAGAAUAACAGCCCCAAAGCAUGAUGUUUCCACCCCCAUGCUUCACAGUAGGUGUGGUGUUCUUUGGAUGCAACUCAGCAUUCUUUGUCCUCCAAACACGACGAGUUGAGUUUUUACCAAAAAGUUCUAUUUUGGUUUCAUCUGACCAUAUGACAUUCUCCCAAUCCUCUUCUGGAUCAUCCAAAUGCACUCUAGCAAACUUCAGACGGGCCUGGACAUGUACUGGCUUAAGCAGGGGGACACAUCUGGCACUGCAGGAUUUGAGUCCCUGGCGGCGUAGUGUGUUACUGAUGGUAGGCUUUGUUACUUUGGUCCCAGCUCUCUGCAGGUCAUUCACUAGGUCCCCCCGUGUGGUUCUGGAAUUUUUGCUCACCGUUCUUGUGAUCAUUUUGACCCCACGGGGUGAGAUCUUGCGUGGAGCCCCAGAUCGAGGGAGAUUAUCAGUGGUCUUGUAUGUCUUCCAUUUCCUAAUAAUUGCUCCCACAGUAGAUUUCUUCAAACCAAGCUGCUUACCUAUUGCAGAUUCAGUCUUCCCAGCCUGGUGCAGGUCUACAAUUUUGUUUCUGGUGUCCUUUGACAGGUCUUUGGUCUUGGCCAUAGUGUAGUUUGGAGUGUGACUGUUUGAGGUUGUGGACAGGUGUCUUUUAUAUUGAUAACAAGUUCAAACAUGUGCCAUUAAUACAGGUAACGAGUGGAGGACAGAGGAGCCUCUUAAAGAAGAAGUUACAGGUAUGUGAGAGCCAGAAAUAUUGCUUGUUUGUAGGUGACCAAAUACUUAUUUUCCACCAUAAUUUGCAAAUAAAUUCAUUAAAAAUCCUACAAUGUGAUUUUCUGGAUUUUUUUCCUCAAUUUGUCUGUCAUAGUUGACGUGUACCUAUGAUGCAAAUUUCAGGCCUCUCUCAUCUUUUUAAGUGGGAGAACUUGCACAAUUGGUGGCUGACUAAAUAUUUUUUUCCCCCACUGUAUAUACAGGUCUUAUGUACAGGUCUUAUAUACAGGUCUUAUAUUAAGGUCAGUGCAGUGCCAGGAUCGUUUUUACAAUAUGCAGGGGUACUGGAGGGAUUGAGGAAGGAAUGUACAUGUAAACGGGUUAAAGUGGCAGGUAGCAGGAUAAACACUAAUGGUAAUAAUAAUUGUAUUAUAAUAUUAUAAAAUUGGUAAUUCGUGCUGUGUUUGUUUACUGUGUGUGCCUCCAUGUGGUCUGGUCACCCUGAGCCUGGCAGGAAAUAUUACGCCCUGAACGCAGGGGGGGCUACCCUGCUAUUUGGGCUACCCUGAAAAGUGACACCUACCCGAUAAGGCCUGGGGUGUGUCCCUGUCAGCUCUUACAGAAUUCCCAACACUCCCUCUCUUCAAAUAACUACUGUUUGAUAAGCAGCAACAAAGCAGAAGAAAUUUGAAUGUGCUUGAAAAUCAAUGUAUCUGUGGAGCCGACUAGGUGAAAAAUCUGUCGAUGUGCCCUUGAGCAAGGCACUUAACCCUAAUUGCUCCUGUAAGUCGCUCUGGAUAAGAGCGUCUGCUAAAUGACUAAAAUGUAAAUGAAAUAAAGAUAAAGAAAACAAUGAAUACACAAUAUAAGUAGCUCAUUGAGGAAGAUCUCAAUUGCAUCCUCUCUGUUUCUCCUUCUCAAAACCCAUUGGAUGAGAAAGCCAGAGGUCCCUCCCCUCUAACCUUCUCCUCCAAUAUGUUUUGAGAAGGAGACGAGGAGAGAGGAUGCGAGAAGUGCAUUUCACUGUGCCCCAGACCGUGACAUUUGACCUUUCCUUAGGAACAUAGCCACUCAUCAGGCUUAGGUGUUGAACAUUGGUCUUGUGCAAACUCACAAGGCAUAAAGGAGCUGCUCUAGUGGUUGGCCCGGGCGGAGCUUAGAAUUCAAGCUUUUAAAUCCUAUAUUUUACCUUCACUGUAUGCCAGUGUGCAGGGGGAAACUGCUGCCCCUGUGCAAUGUCAAGUAUUGAAUAAAUUGUUGUUAUUUUAGAGACAUGUUCACUUAACUGCCUUUUCUCUCCAUCUCUCUCUCUCUCUCUCUCCAUCUCUCUCUCUCUCUCUCUCUCUCUCUCUCUCUCUCUCUCUGUGUCUCCCUCGCCAUGCCUGACCGCAGUGUUAGUCUGUGGUGAUGUGUAAAGCAAAGCCCCAGUCAUUAAGGCCUUUAUUGUUCCAGGGCAGAGUUGCAGAGAGAAGACCCACAUUGUGACUCGCAUAAACUUUACAUUGUUCUGUCUGACUGGGGUCAAGCGGCGCAGUCCCUUUUGUUUUCAACUUCCUCAGAGAGAGAGAGAGAACCGAAAACACUUUUAGCUUAGAGCUAGAAUACAUUCAUGUGGAUUCCAGUGUCUUCAGAGAGAUUAGCAUCAGACUGUAGGGUUCAGCUCAGGACAUGGGCAAUGGGGGAAAUUAUGUCGGCUUAACGAUGUAGCCAGCCAUCAUGUGCAUAAAAGCUCGGCUUGCGAAUCAUUAUUGCUCAGUAGUAAAUCUUAAAUGCACAUACAAUUAAUUGGUCCAUAAUAAUGUCUGUCCGGAUGUAUGCCAGCUCUGAUGCUGCUCGUUGUUAAUGUUCAAUCCAGCUGCUUGUAAAAGGGAAGUGAACUUCAUUGGCCUGGUAGACUUUUACGACUUUAAACAAAGCUUUUAUUGAAAGACAUUUUUGAGAGCAUGAGAAAUACAUGCAAAGACUUGGGCAUUCAGUAUGCAGGUGUAGAGUUAGGUAAACAAGUAGGAAUAAUAAGAAUAGCUAGGAGUGAGAAAUGACUCACCUGUAAGACAGUGUGUAUCUCUGAGAGGUGGCUUCUCUAAAGGUCCUGUACUUUACAGUAUUGAGCCUUGCCCAGAGCUCAGCUGAUGCACUCUCCUAUAAAACAAGUCAUAAAAAGCCUAGCAGUCAUUCCAUAGUGUGCUGCUCGUCCCAGUCUGCUCUAGACUUCCCAGGGAAGUGUUUGUCUAGAGAGGACCUGGUUGAGCUCUAUGUUUUGUGGCUCCCCACUCUUCCGGAGGUGGGUCAGUGUGGCAUGGCUGGCAUAGCAGUUGCCUGUCGGGAGGGAGGGUAUUUUGGCCUAAUUUAGCCAUGUUAACAUAUUAAACUCCUCUCUUGUCCACUCUGAGAAUUUGCUUUGAAGUCUGUUCCCACAGACCUACCUGUUUGGCCUUUCAACCCAGGAAGACAUGGUAUCUGUUGAUAUCAGACACUGGGUGUAGAGGAGGAGUUGAGCAAUGGCUGCAUCCUGCUCUCAUCCUGCUAUGCUGUGGUAGUGGAAUCUUUUGGACUUUUUGGAGAGAAAGGAAUGGGGUUUGGAGAGGAGUCCUGUGACGUCCAUUCCUACCUCCGUGGCGGCUUGGCUGUGGAGUCCAGCUCCCUGGUGUGCUGUCAGCCGGCGGACCUGGGAUCCCUCCCAGACCAUCCCUCAUGAAUUUCUCAGGAGCCAGGGGUAUUUUUAGCGGCCCCAGUUAUGUAACGAGCACCUGUCAUGUGAUCUCUGCACGGAGAGGAGAAGAGAGGGGGCAGACAGGGAGGGAGUGGGAGGAAGCUCUAAACUCGCCUCUGGCUGGGGCCUGGAAGUGAAUCCGGCAAAGACGACUGACCUCGUUUUCAGCUGAACACACACACACACACGCACACAUGUACGUACGCACGCACACACACACACACACACACACACACAUACAAACAGUUCACCGUCUGACUUUGUCCUUGUGUUGCACAGAACAGAGCUGGGACUAAGCCACGAAGUUAGUGCCAGGUAAGCUCAUUAUAAAGCUUCACUGAGCCACAACAUUCUGAUGUCACACUUUCUACAGUGGGGAAAAAAAGUAUUUAGUCAGCCACCAAUUGUGCAUGUUCUCCCACUUAAAAAGAUGAGAGAGGCCUGUAAUUUUCAUCAUAGGUACACGUCAACUAUGACAGACAAAAUGAGAAAAAGAAUUCCAGAAAAUCACAUUGUAGGAUUUUUAAUGAAUUUAUUUGCAAAUUAUAGUGGAAAAUAAGUAUUUGGUCAAGAACAAACGUUUCUCAAUACUUUGUUAUAUACCCUUUGUUGGCAAUGACACAGGUCAAACGUUUUCUGUAAGUCUUCACAAGGUUUUCACACACUGUUGCUGGUAUUUUGGCCCAUUCCUCCAUGCAGAUCUCCUCUAGAGCAGUGAUGUUUUGGGGCUGUCGCUGGGCAACACAGACUUUCAACUCCCUCCAAAGAUUUUCUAUGGGGUUGAGAUCUGGAGACUGGCUAGGCCACUCCAGGACCUUGAAAUGCUUCUUACGAAGCCACUCCUUCGUUGCCCGGGCGGUGUGUUUGUGAUCAUUGUCAUGCUGAAAGACCCAGCCAUGUUUCAUCUUCAAUGCCCUUGCUGAUGGAAGGAGGUUUUCACUCAAAAUCUCACGAUACAUGGCCCCAUUCAUUCUUUCCUUUACACGGAUCAGUCGUCCUGGUCCCUUUGCAGAAAAACAGCCCCAAAGCAUGCUUCACAGUAGGUAUGGUGAUCUUUGGAUGCAACUCAGCAUUCUUUGUCCUCCAAACACGACGAGUUGAGUUUUUACCAAAAAGUUCUAUUUUGGUUUCAUCUGACCAUAUGACAUUCUCCCAAUCCUCUUCUGGAUCAUCCAAAUGCACUCUAGCAAACUCCAGACGGGCCUGGACAUGUACUGGCUUAAGCAGGGGGACACGUCUGGCACUGCAGGAUUUGAGUCCCUGGCGGCGUAGUGUGUUACUGAUGGUAGGCUUUGUUACUUUGGUCCCAGCUCUCUGCAGGUCAUUCACUAGGUCCCCCCGUGUGGUUCUGGGAUUUUUGCUCACCGUUCUUGUGAUCAUUUUGACCCCACGGGGUGAGAUCUUGCGUGGAGCCCCAGAUCGAGGGAGAUUAUCAGUGGUCUUGUAUGUCUUCCAUUUCCUAAUAAUUGCUCCCACAGUUGAUUUCUUCAAACCAAGCUGCUUACCUAUUGCAGAUUCAGUCUUCCCAGCCUGGUGCAGGUCUACAAUUUUGUUUCUGGUGUCCUUUGACAGCUCUUUGGUCUUGGCCAUAGUGGAGUUUGGAGUGUGACUGUUUGAGGUUGUGGACAGGUGUCUUUUAUACUGAUAACAAGUUCAAACAGGUGCCAUUAAUACAGGUAACGAGUGGAGGACAGAGGAGCCUCUUAAAGAAGAAGUUACAGGUCUCUGAGAGCCAGAAAUCUUGCUUGUUUGUAGGUGACCAAAUACUUAUUUUCCACCAUAAUUUGCAAAUAAAUUCAUUAAAAAUCCUACAAUGUGAUUUUCUGGAGAAAAAAAAUAGUUGACGUGUACCUAUGAUGAAAAUUACAGGCCUCUCUCAUCUUUUUAAGUGGGAGAACUUGCACAAUUGGUGGCUGACUAAAUACUUUUUUUCCCCACUGUAUAUUAUGUAACAUUUAGUACUGUAAUGUUUUAGAGCUCUGCCUCAUCUCCCUGGGGAGAAGAAUGUGCCUGAGCAUGUCCAACAGGUGAAAUUACUGCAGAAGGAUAUCCCGCACUGGAGGCCAAGAACAUAUUAUUGUUUGCCUGUUAAUAGCACCCAAUGCUUUGCCAUCUAUCAUUACAGCAGUUGGAUGAGCCAGUGCUUGUAGUGUUGGCUGCUUUUCUCUUUUGAUUCAACAUUCAAUGUAAACAAAUCUUUAACUGGAUCUACUUUUAAAAGUGAUGUAAUCUACAGUAAGCCUAUGUGUUACUGUAGGAAUAUUCCAAGUAGGCAUCUUACAUGGACAACACUAUCCAUGUCCCAUCCCUCCCACCUUUUAACCCUACUUCUUGCCUCUAUCCUCUCCCCCUUCCUCUCUCCAGGUACCCUGGAUGGUCACCUGUCAGCCCUGCUGUGGAUCGCCAUGCUGGUGUCCCUGGCCAUCGUCAUCAUCCUGCCCCAGCCCCACGGCGUCCGGGUCCUCAUCGCCUCCACCAUCCUCCGCCUCAUCUUCUCUGUGGGCCUGGAGCCAACCCUCUUCCUCCUAGGGGCCUUCAACGUAAGUGUGUCUGCAAGUGUGUGUGACUGGGUGGGUUUCUGGUCACUGGGUCCUGUUGGAUGCUUCCGGUUUCUGCCGACAUCGCUCAGAAGUUUCUUUAAUGCGUGUGAGUGUGUGCCUCUGUGACUGGGUGGGAUUCUGGUCGCUGGGUCCUUGCUUUUGUGCCUGCUACGUUAGGUUACAGUAGCCCCUGUGCCCUCAAACUGAUGUCAACUUUACUGGGUGCAAGUCUACCUCUUGUUGACCUCUAUCUAUGCCAGUCUCUCUGUAAGUUUGUUGUGUUGCCUGGUUGUGUCUGCUAUGUCUGGUUGUUUCUGAAUAUCUCUACUUUGCUUUUGCAGAUACCAGUAUUUACCUUUUAAAUUAACCUGGCAAAGUUGCUGCUCUUUGACUCAAUCCCUCCAUGUUUUCCACUGUUCCUCAGGUGGGCAAUAAGAUGAUAUUCUUGAUGAGUUUUGUGGGGAACAGAGGGACGUUCACGCGGGGCUACAAGGCCAUGAUCAUGGAUGUAGAGUUCCUCUACCACCUCCUCUACCUGAUCAUCUGUAGUCUGGGCGUCUUCGUCCAUGUCUUCUUCUACAGUCUGCUGGUAAGAACUGGACUCACUCACUCACUCACUCACUCAAUCACUCACCCCCCCCCCCGCCUCCCACUAAGGUGUGUUUUUCUCUUGUCUCUCCUGCAGCUCUUUGACCUGGUGUACAGGGAGGAGACGCUGCUGAAUGUGAUCAAGAGUGUAACCCGUAAUGGCCGCUCCAUCCUGCUGACAGCCGUGCUGGCUCUCAUCCUGGUCUACCUCUUCUCCAUCGUGGGCUACAUCUUCUUCCAGGAUGACUUUCUCCUUAACAUUGACAGGAUACCUAAUAAAACACUUGGUAAGGUCAAAGAGCAGGCGCUCCCUAUGUCACUUAAAAUUCCCAAACAGAAUGGCUUCCUCUGUCUAUCCUCCCCACGCUGAUUGUCACAUUUAAAACUUGCACCAGAUUUCCUGCUGUGAAUUAAGUCUGUAAGGCCUAAUAUGGUCCCUCGUUUGCAAUAGACAAUAUUGAGACAAAAAAGGCACAAGAGUUUCUCCUGACCCUUUGUUUUCCUGUUUGGCAGAGAGUGGGGCCAGUAUGGUGGGAGAGUUCCUGUCAGCAGGAGUGUGUCGGAAGGACAGCGGGGAGAACUGCUCCACGGAAGCUGUUGUGGAUGGUAUGUGCUCAAGAGAAAAUGAAAUGUGUGUGCGUGGGCUUCUAUGUCCUCCUCCAGAGGAGACGCUUCCCAGAGUUACACUGAGACGUAAAUGUGUGCGGCCGGGCAGUCAUGGGAUUAGGCCUGCUUAGGGAAGGGCAUGAGUACUCGAACGGACAUCAAAACUCGAUCUUUAACCAGAGAUCUUUUUUUUUUCCAUAACAUGUCUUAUUUAUUUAAUAACUCUUGUCAAAAUUAAACGUGUUAUAUUGAGAUAGAGCGGGGUUAACUAACACAUUACGACUUCUUUAAUUAAGAUUUUUAAAUAUUUAAGAUUGAAAAAUAUAAAUGGCAAAUAUUUGAUGGCAAGUGCUUCUGAUUGGCUGUGUGAGGGCUGUUUAAGGCUCAUAGCGAGAAGUGGGCACUAUCAGCAUGCCGCCAAAUGCAGCGAGGUUUGGAAGUAUUUUGAUCAAACUGAUGAAACCGGACCCAUGUGCAAUGCAAACUAUGCAAUAUCAAUCUCUCAUAUCACAGCACAACUAGCUCCAUGAGAAAUCAUAUGCUUAUUAAGCACAAAGAAACGUUCAAAGAAGGGGGCCAAGCAGCAGCAAUCUCACAUCACUUCUUUUGCCACUGCAAAGCGCCGCUGUGAUCCCUUACUUAACCUACCUUUUACAUAGUCCUUUUGAUUCCAAACAUAAGGCUUCUACAAGCAAGCGCCACAGCUGAGGUUACUGCCUUUUUGAAGAUUGUGUUCCACGAUAUAAUAUAACCAGUUGAUAUUACGGUUUCAAUAAAUGUAUCUUAAAUGGCACUUGUUUUUUUUAUUGACUCAAUAUAUAUGUGACCGACCGGCUCGAUUCGUUGAUAGGUAGCAACAUUUGAAAUUGUGUUUUUUACAUUGGAUAAAAAUAGAGACUCAGAGCUAGAAAAUGGUAUAUCAUACACUACAGUUGAGGAACAAUGGGAAAGUAAUUCUGCUUUGAAAGUUGAUAAACUUGUAACGUCACUUUUUAGAAAAUGGCCCUUGUUUGUUUUGGUACCUACUGGAGAGCUCUUCUUUGUCUACACCCAUUCAACAUCGUUCACACCCUUUUAAGCUUUAGCCCCCACCCAUCUCUUUAAGUAUUCACAUGUGAGGCUAUGUACUAAACAACCACAGAUUUCAAGACUAAAGGCUGGUUUAUACUACGGGUGUGUUCGUACAUUUUAUAUGGAGUGCUAGAGUGUGCUCUGGGCGUUCGUAAAACUCAGAGCGUUGUCAGAUUGGCCGUUUUUAAAUUCUGAGCGUUUCGCUCUCUGAGCGUUCAGAGCGCACACUGGACGCUCUGGCCAAAAAGUAGAGUUGAUCCAAGCAUUCUGACCUAACAACAGCAGUCAAGCACCCAAGCUAACUGGCUAACGUUGGCUAGCUACUUCCAGACACAAAUGAGAGAGCAGCUCACUCUGACCAUUUUACUCGCCCUAGCAGAGCUGGUUAAGCUGUUUUUAUGUUAUCCAGAGCGUUGGUGACUGCAACUGUGCUGCUGGCAACAAUUUAAUUACGUUUUUUUGCCAACGUUUACUGACACCGGCCAUAUUCAACGAGUGUUGAGCGUUUGUAAAUUUGUCAGUUAAUCUGCGCUCUGGCACACUCAGACGAGAGUGCUCUGAAAUUGGAGUAGAUAGCCAGAGCGAAUUUACCAGCUACGUCUAUCGACAGUUGUCACAGUGACAUCAUAAACAUUCUAUUGAAAUAGUUACUUGCAUAGUGGAGUAUUUUGUUUAGACAUGUAGCUAGCUAGCUAAAUAAUGAGCCAUAAUCCCAACUCAUAACGUUACUACCCUGCAUGAAUCUGCAGGUAGCUAACCAACCAGGUUCAAUGUUAGCUAGCUAACAUUAGGCUAAAACUAGUAAUGCAAAUGGCUCUGAGAUACAAAUAAUAUUACUACACAGAUCAUACACGUAACGUUAGCUAGCUAGCCAGCCAGCUAACGUUAGCUAGCUAGCUAACAGUACACUUUAACUCGAAAUGAAAACGACUUUCUGACUAAAUUAGAAACGUGUAAUAUCUGAAAAUGUAGCUAGCUAGACUCUCUUACCCGUAUACAUGGAUGGACGCUUCUCCCUCUCUGUCACGGAUGCCAUGGUUGCCCUUAGUUUGAAGGUGUAACCCAGAGACAGGUGUUUUAUACAACAGCCUUCUGUGUGUUCUCUUUUCGCCUCCGUCUGCAUAUUUGCAAUCAAAUGCCAGAAUUUUCUCCAUCUCCUUAGCUAUCAUACUCUAAUUCCACUGAUUUCAAAACUCGGUCCUCCAGAAAGUGGAGAGCAACACUUAUGCAGUUCUACUACGUGAUAUCUUUCAAAAAAGCAGAGUUAGAAAGGAUUACCUACACAUACUGACCAGCUCAUAUUAUAGACAGAAGUGUGCUACAUGGCAGACCAAUCUGAACUCAUCUCUCGACAUGUCCAGCCCACUCAUUAUCUCAACCAAUCAUGGCUAGCGGGAAGGUUGCUGUCUUUUUCCAUGGCUAAACAAACUAUGCUCGUAAUUUAACCAUUUUAUUCAUAUUUACAGAUGGCAUACAAAUGUGUUAUUAAGGCACAUGAAAGUUCACAUGUUCCAGAAGGCAUUUCUGCCAAAAAACGCAUUUUGCUUAAAAAAAAGGUUUACGUUCAAAUGGCGCUCCUGUGAAGCAGUGACGCGCGACAUAUGCCUAGUUUCCUGAAACGAGUCACAUAUGGGGACAUUUUUGCAAUUAGGAUUUGUUAUCUGUAAUGGUUAUGAUAAAUUAGGCAUUGUUGUGCACAGUUGGCAUAUAAUUUAGAUAAAUGGCAUGUAGCCUAGCAGUUAGGAGUGCUGGGCCAGUAUCCAAAAGGUUGCUGGUUCGAAUCCCCGAGCCUACUAGGUGAAAAAUCUGUCUGUGCCCUUGAGCAAGGCACUUAACCCUAAUUGUUCCUGUAAGUUGCUCUGGAUAAGAGCAUCGACUAAAAUGUAAAUGUAGAUAAAUGCACACAUCUUUUUUUUCAGUGCAGGCCGUGUGUUCUAAAAAUAGUAUAUUUUUCUCAAUUUGAGUACUCUGAAAAAUUAAUAAUGCGAGCACUUAAACAUUCAACACAUUUAAAAUGCCAAUCCCUAGCCUGGGCUAGCCUGGGCCUGGCCGGGCUAGGGGAAGCACACAGGGACUUAGGCCCUGCCGUGUGUGUCUGAUGCUGGAGGACCAGGUUCCAGAGGAAGGGAAGGGGAGGAGAGGUCAGGGGUUAAUUGCCAUCAGGCACAGGGCAGGUCGACGGGUUUGCUCUGAGAGGGUGCAGGGGGCAGCAAGUUGGGAUCCAGGCAUUCUAACGGACCUUGUAAGACUUCUUUAGAAAAAGCUCCCAAAUCAAAGACGACCUACAUGCUGCCUUAAUGUGCUCAGACAACCUUGUAUGAACCUUGUCAGGCUCUGGGGCAUCUGGGUUCAGACCUCAUGUAGGCUUUCGCCACCAUCACCACCACCCAAAUUAAUGAUGCUAGUCUGGUGACUUGUUGUUUUGUGAGAACAGUUUGGUAGGGUCACAUUGGUAUUGUCAGUGGUUCCUGUGCUGGGAAGAGGCUGGUAUUGGGAGGGUUGUUUUACAAGUUUAUUUUGAGUGAAAUGUUUUGUUUGCACAACAUUUUCCUAAUUAAGACAGAAUUUGCUAUGAGGUCUGGUAUAUGAGAAAUGUGGAUGUGAAUUAGAGGAUGUGGAUAAAAAGGUUUUGUGAAUUUGUUGUGGAUAUACACUAUGUGCAAUACAUGUCCCUGAUGUCCCUCUGUAGCUGCCAUAGCCACCCAGCCGUCGGCGGUAGUGAUCGAGGACAAGGAGCGGUCAUGUGACUCUCUGCUCAUGUGUAUUGUCACUGUCUUGAGUCACGGCCUGAGGAGUGGAGGUGGUGUGGGGGACGUCCUGCGGAAGCCAUCCAAAGAGGUACACAAAUGCCCAUGUUGAACACAACACCUAGGGCUGGCAAUUAUAGGAUAAUUGUGUAACUGACAAUUAUGGACAAUAACCGUGAAGUAAUAAUAAUAAUAAUAAUAAUAAUCGUCUUAUUACAUUCAUUUUAGGAGAAGUGUGGAUUCAACUUUAUAUUGAAGUAGAUAUACUAGUUUCCCCAAUAGCAGUUUUUACAUGAAGUGGGUAAAGUUGGUAAUUGUUUUACGAGCAGAACGGUACGGUCGGGAGGAGAAGCUUCAUUUCCAAAGGUUCCAAGCGGUCAAAACCAUUGGUGUUUAAGACAGGGGUGUCACCAAAGCUGUGUUGUAUUCGUAGCUUGUUUUCAAAGAUACAUUACAAGCUCAAAACAUUUUUCAACAAAAAUGACAAUUAUGACAAUAAUUGUGACCAUUUGCAUGACAAAUAAUCGUUACCCAAAAUUCCAUAAUCGUCACAGCCCUAACAACACCAAAACAAUUUACAUGUCCCACAGGUCCAGACUUGGGAAGAAACAACAUUUUAGCUUCACUACAAUCUCAAUCUCAAUUAUUGCUAUUGCUAAUCAACAGGGGACAAUUUUGCUGCAGUCAUGUUUCUUAGCUGCAGUCGUCUUUGAUAGUUGACUAGUUGAAAUGUUUUGGUGUGUGUUAUCAAAUGGUUUUCUAUCUUCUGUGUCUUUGGUAGGAGCCUCUGUUUGCUGGCAGGGUGAUCUACGACCUGCUCUUCUUCUUCCUGGUCAUCAUCAUCGUCCUCAACCUCAUCUUCGGAGUCAUCAUCGACACCUUCGCCGACCUCAGGAGUGAAAAGCAAAAAAAAGAGGAAGUCCUGAAGACGACAUGCUUCAUCUGCGGUGAGUGGCCCUACCUGGACCUGGCUCGGUUCUUCUGGCCUGUGUCCAAAGCUAGUGAUCAGUGGGCUGACGCUCGGCAUGAGACUGUCUGCUAAGCUACCAUUUGAGCUAGGGUUGGAAUGACUAGUGGUUGUGGUCUGUAGAGUCAGAAGCAGUGCUAUUUCACAUUAGGCUUGCAGUGCAGUGAGCGUUGGAGGAGGAUGAACAGACACUGCAGAUGAGUGGUCUCAACCUGCACUUUAAGUCUGUCUGAGGCUGUUAAUGUUGCAUGCCUCACAGCUGGCCGGUGGAAGAAUGGGGGCUGUUUUGCUCAGCAGUGUAAACAACACAACGCCUCCUCUUCCCAGAACCUGAAUAGUUAGUCAUGGCUGAUGUGGAGGAGUAACUUCCUCCUGUUGCCAAUGCAGGUUCUUGACCAUGUUGGUGUGCUGUGCAAUGCAAUGGCAAUGUACUGGAUCACAUCACCAUACACAAGCUAUAACUGUAGCCUUAGUUACUGUAGCCUAUCCAUUUUAGACAUUUUCCAUUCAAUGUUAGAUAUUGCAAGCAUGAUUGUAACUGGUUGGUGUUAUGACAUAAAGAUGGAUUAAAAGCACAUCAGAGUAAUACUAUAGGAUGAUUCCAAGCCAGUGGGAGCAGAAAAUAUGUUUGUCAUCUCAGAUUGUUCUGGCAAUUCUCAAAUAGGAACUUCAUUAGGAGGAAGGAUGUUUAACAUGCUUUUUACAUUUGUAUCACAAACCAUUUUUGGGAGAAAAUCAUUAUGAAAUUGGCCAUCUUAGGCCCUUUUUAGACCUAUACAUACAUGCCUCCUGUAAGACCCUAUUAUCUGUGAACCGUACAUGAUACAGACAUAAAACAUCUUGGUGCAUUAUACUCCUUAUAGUGUUCUCUCAAAUAUGGAAUAUGCCUAGAUUCUGAAAUACACAUUUUCACAUUCAUUUAUUCAACAUUAAAAAUAUUAAUAUCUCAAAACUACAAUUUUUUAUUUAGCUUAUUUUUAGACAUAUUGUUUGUAACAAUAUACUCUUCAAACAACUACAAUUUCCAGAGUGGUACUUUUAUCAUAUGAUUCAUUUUAUACAUAGAAAUUGACAUGAUAUGUCAUUAACCAAUCACAGACCUCCUUUAGGAUUGCACAUUCAGCAAGUCACCAGCAGAGGGAGUUCCCUUUGAAUCCAUUUUCCCAUUCACUGUGUUGGUGGUGCUCAAAUAAUUGAUCAUACUUUUUUUUAUUUAAUUUUUAAUUUACAACACAUACAACAUAUAACGCUAAAUUGAUCAUACCUUCAGAAUUAGCAGAGAGCCCAUUCUGGAAACGUGAUGUACUUGUAGAUUUAUAUAGUUCCAAACAAUAUGGGCUCUAUUUUCGGCUGCCAUUAAGCCAGCGCAAUGGUCAAACACACACUAAUUUGCAACUGACCUGUUAAAGCUGGCACUCUUCUAUUUCCCUAGUGCCAGGAUUGGUAAUUUACCAGUCUUAAAUGAGCUCGCUUGUUCUGAGGUGGGAGGGUUGGAAAUAUCUGAGGUGUGUCCUUACAAAUGUGCGCCAAAGUGCCAAUUUCAGGAAGCACUGGUGAGGAUAUUUAAGACCAACCAAAAGCUAGUCUUAGCAGGUAAAACGGUUGGUUAUGGCAUGGAUUUUGACAGCGGAAGCGCAGCCAAUCCAGCCGUGAUGCACAGUGCCCAUAUACACAUGGAACAAGAGUCGUAAACCUUGUAUUUAGAAACAUAAAAAACUAAUGUUUUUUCCCAUUUUCUUUCAUUUAAUUAAAAACCAAGCAUAGCUUCCCCUCUCAAUGAAGGCAGUUUUUUUUUGUCCUGCCAAAUGCAUUCGCCAAGUGGUCAAGACUAUCAAUAAAGGGUUUGGCUUGUGAGACUGCUUUGAAAUACAUCUUAAUCACCAACGCUUGAUUAAAAUAUCAAGUCUGGGAGCAUCCCCUUUUUAUCUAUGUAGGCUAUUGUACAUUAUUUUAGCCAGCUCCUGUUGUUAUUUUGGAUGUGCAUAAAAAACCCUCCAAGUAGGUUAUAUGCCCAUCAUGAAACGAGAGUUGAUAUGAUCCGGUGACACUCAUAUUUAGAAACAUUUGUUAUUUCCCUGUAACAAUUGCUUGUUUUCUGUUUAAUUUGAUUAAAAAAAGAAGCCCUUAUAGGCUACCCUUACCCUACUAUAACAAAAGCUGGUUCAACAGCAAUGCAUCUGGUAUCUUUCUUAUCCUGGCCAUGCAUUAGCAUAGUAGCCCAUCCAUAAAAGGUUUCUAAAUGGUCUACUCGUGAGGCUUUUGCCGUCAUGCUUUUGCAUUGUUCACUAUUCACAUAGGCCUACCUGCAGUGCAUAGGUGACUCCAUUCAUCUUGUAUCAUCCCUAUUUCCAAAGAUGCGCUUCUCCAAACAUAUUCAAAUGAUUCAGUCCUAUAACACCAUAUCAACGGUAGGCCUAGGCUAUAUCUUGCUUAUUGAUAAAGUGCCUCACACAUACGGGAGCCUAGUAUUUUUUAUUUGAGAAGUGUGAUGCGUAAAGGACUAUACUAGUUGAAGCCAAUUACAUCAACGUUGACUGUCAACACUCCAAACAUAUUCAGCAAACACUGGAUGAUUUUGUUUUACUGUUGCUAUUACUCGUUACUGUAGCCUAUGCUCGUUUAUAAACUGUAUCAAUCCACAAUGGACUAGGAAGAUAAUAUUCUGUACCCCAAGACGAAUUGGAGUUGAUGACAACGCAAAUAUUGUCAACAACAUACAGAACUUGAGACAAUGGAAUACAGUAUUAAAGGGAUAUUUCAAAAAUGUUAAACUUCAUAUUCAUCAUCUCCAGCACCACCCCAACAUCAACAUAUGUAACCCACCACCUGGAUUCGGUCCUGUUAUUUUUUUUACAUUGGAUAAAAGUAGAGACUCAGAGCUAGAAAAUGGUAUAUCAUACUCUGCAGUUGAGGAACAUUGGAAAAGUAUUUAUGCUUCGAAAGUUGAUAAACUUGUAACCCCACUUUUGAGAAAAUGGCCUUUGAAUGUUUUGGUAUGCCUACAGGAGAGCUCUUCUUUGUCUACACCCAUUCAGCAUCUUUCACACCCUCUUAAGCCUUAGCCCCACCCAUCUCUUUAAGGAUUCACAUGUGAGGCCAUGUGCUAAACAGAGUGAGUAUAGUACUAAACAACGAACGAUUUCAAGACUAAAAGUGGUAAAAGUAGUAGCCUACAAUAAGGAAACUCCAGGUAAAAAUACACUUUUCUAGUACCGUAUUUUCCGCACUAUAAGGCGCACCGGAGUAUAAGCCGCAGCAGCUAAAUUGAAUGAUAUUGAAUUAUGUGUACAUAUAUAAGCCGCACUGGACUAUAAGCCGCAGGUGUUUUAAUGUUUAAUUACCAUAUGUAAGGGUUCGUGCACAGAGGGGAUUGUCAGGAAAGAGACAAACUAUCUCGCUCUCGUAAUGUCUGUCUGUCUUGCUCUCGUUCUGUCUCUCGUUCUGUCUCUCGUACCACUCUCGGUUCCACUUUUGCGCGCUACCGGUCUCACUCUUUUCCGGCCUCCAGCUUUUCCUGCUGGAGCCCGCCGCUUAAAGGUGGGGGGCGCGGACCGGUCAUAGAGCCCAUAGAGUUAAAGUUGGUGGACUGUAACCUGUAAAAUCCAUAGAUUUAGGAGGUCUUCUAGUGACCGUUAGCUGUAAAAAUCCAUAGAUUAGCCGCACCGUUAUAUAAGCCGCAGGGUCGAAAAAUUGGAAAAAAGGCGCGGCUUAUAGUCCGAAAAUUACGGUACUUGGCCUAUAUCCUAAUCUGACUUUGGUGCAGGUCAUGUUGUUCAUCACAUUACUGUCUCUGGUAAACACACACUAUAUCAAAUAAAAUAUAUGUUUAUUUGUCACAUGUACAGGAUACAGAAGGUGUAAAUGAUACAGUGAAAUGGUUACUUACAUAUUUGCAUAGUAGCAAUAUCAAAAACAGAAAGUGUCAAGAUACAAAUAUUUUAUACAUUUUUUAUAAUUAUUAGAUAUCGCUUACCCAGACACACUUGUCUAAAUUGAUGGAUUAUGUGAAAGAAAUGUCUAGACAUGUACACAUGUUCAUUAAAUACAAUAGAUGGCCUUAAUCACCCCCAGACACUCCUGGCUAACUUGAUGGAUCAUGUAAUCAUCUGGCGAAGUGGAGUUUUUUGUUUAGACAUGUAGCUAGCUAGCUAGCUAAACAAUGAACCGGCAUAAUCCCAACUCAUACUGCUACCAAUACAAACAGAUUGUCAUACAGCUGCUGUAGUAUGAAUCUGCAGGUAGCUAAAGCUAACCAACUAGGUUAAAUGUUAGCUAGCUAACAUUAGGCUAUAAUUAGCAAUGCAAAUAGAUUUCUGAUUCAAAUAAUAUUACUACACAGAUCAUACACGUAACAUUAGCGGAACGUUAGCUAGCGAUCCAGCAAGCUAACGUUCGCUAGCUAGCGAACAGUACGCUUUACCUUGCAAUGAAAACGACCUUCUGACAAAAUUAGAAACAUAUAAUAUCUGAAAAUGUAGCUGGACUCUUACCCGUAUACAUGGAUGAAAGUUUCACAGCAGAAUGGAACCAUUUAACUUAAUUUUGUUUGUAGCUAUAUCUUGUUUGUCCAGCGUUGUGUCAAGUCACUCCGGUUCACACUGACUGUGUCGUGUCCAGAAAGUAGCCCAUCACAACUUUUUCCAACUGAUUUGUCAUUAGUACCUGCUAAAUUCAGGGCAUCAAUGUUGUUGAGAAAAGUAGCAAAACUUUUGUAGUUCACGAUGGCUAACGUUAUAUCUUUCAAAAAAGCUGCGGUAGAAAGGAUUAUCAACACAUACUGAACAGCUCACAUUAUAGACAGAAGCAUGCUACAUCGCAGACCAAUCCAAAGUCAUCUCCCGGCAUGUCCAGCACAUCCAUUAUCUCAGCCAAUCAUGGCUAGCAGGAAGGUUCCUGUCUUUUUCCGUGGCUAAACCAACUAGGCUCGUAAUUUUAUAAUUUUAUUCGUAUUUACAGAUGGAAUACAAGUUUGUUAGUAAGGCACAAGAAAGUUCAGAUGUUCCAGAAGGCAUUGCUGCAAAGACAUUCAAAUGCCUCUCUUGUGAAGUAGUGACUUGUGACAUACGCCUAGCUUCCUGAAACGGGUCACACGUUUCUAUGUUUUGUAGUAAAAAAGAUAGAGGAAGAUUAGUAUUUCCAAUGACAUCAUCGGUGUGCAUCAUGUGAUUUUAACCAAUUAUGAGUAGGCAUUGCCUACCAAUUGCCUACUAAUUGGUUAAUAAUGUCAUUGGAAACACUUAUCUUCCUCUUAUCUUUUUUAUUACAAAACAUAGAAACGCACCAUUUGCACAUAUGUUGAUGUUGGGGUGGUGCUGGAGAUGAUGAAUAUGAAGUUGAAUUUUUUAUAUAUUUCCCUUUAAGCCAUGAAUUGAUUGAUUUGGCCAGUGAGUGGCCAAGCCCUCGACACACCUAUAAUUUAUUUAUUCAUCAAAACCCAGCCCUUUCGUGCCACCACCAGCUAUUGCACUCAUAAUUCCCGCAGUGAAAAUGGCAAGAAUAUUUCUGAAACACCCCCAGACCUAUAGCGCUACCGCCAGCCCUAAGAUUGACCAUUGCUUUUGACCAUUGGUUUGUUAAAAUAGAACCCUGUGUCUUAAAAUUUACUAAAUCAAAAAGUGUAGUUUGGAGAUAUUAAUAUGUUUUCAUGUUUAAUAAAUUAAUGUGAUUUUUUUUUUUCAAUUGAUACAUAAUCCAUAUUUUAGAGCACACUAUAAUGAGUACAGUGGGGAAAAAAAGUAUUUAGUCAGCCACCAAUUGUGCAAGUUCUCCCACUUAAAAAGAUGAGAGAGGCCUGUAAUUUUCAUCAUAGGUACACGUCAACUAUGACAGACAAAAUGAGGGGAAAAAAUCCAGAAAAUCACAUUGUAGGAUUUUUAAUGAAUUUAUUUGCAAAUUAUGGUGGAAAAUAAGUAUUUGGUCAAUAACAAACGUUUCUCAAUACUUUGUUAUAUACCCUUUGUUGGCAAUGACACAGGUCAAACGUUUUCGGUAAGUCUUCACAAGGUUUUCACACACUGUUGCUGGUAUUUUGGCCCAUUCCUCCAUGCAGAUCUCCUCUAGAGCAGUGAUGUUUUGGGGCUGUCGCUGGGCAACACAGACUUUCAACUCCCUCCAAAGAUUUUCUAUGGGGUUGAGAUCUGGAGACUGGCUAGGCCACUCCAGGAUGCUUCUUACGAAGCCACUCCUUUCAUUGCCCGGGCGGUGUGUUUGGGAUCAUUGUCAUGCUGAAAGACCCAGCCACGUUUCAUCUUCAAUGCCCUUGCUGAUGGAAGGAGGUUUUCACUCAAAAUCUCACGAUACAUGGCCCCAUUCAUUCUUUCCUUUACACGGAUCAGUCGUCCUGGUCCCUUUGCAGAAAAACAGCCCCAAAGCAUGAUGUUUCCACCCCCAUGCUUCACAGUAGGUAUGGUGUUCUUUGGAUGCAACUCAGCAUUCUUUGUCCUCCAAACACGACGAGUUGAGUUUUUACCAAAAAGUUCUAUUUUGGUUUCAUCUGACCAUAUGACAUUCUCCCAAUCCUCUUCUGGAUCAUCCAAAUGCACUCUAGCAAACUUCAGACGGGCCUGGACAUGUACUGGCUUAAGCAGGGGGACACGUCUGGCACUGCAGGAUUUGAGUCCCUGGCGGCGUAGUGUGUUACUGAUGGUAGGCUUUGUUACUUUGGUUCCAGCUCUCUGCAGGUCAUUCACUAGGUCCGCCCGUGUGGUUCUGGGAUUUUUGCUCACCGUUCGUGUGAUCAUUUUGACCCCACGGGGUGAGAUCUUGCGUGGAGCCCCAGAUCGAGGGAGAUUAUUAGUGGUCUUGUAUGUCUUCCAUUUCCUAAUAAUUGCUCCCACAGUUGAUUUCUUCAAACCAAGCUGCUUACCUAUUGCAGAUUCAGUCUUCCCAGCCUGGUGCAGGUCUACAAUUGUGUUUCUGGUGUCCUUUGACAGCUCUUUGGUAUUGGCCAUAGUGGAGUUUGGAGUGUGACUGUUUGAGGUUGUGAACAGGUGUCUUUUAUACUGAUAACAAGUUCAAACAGGUGCCAUUAAUACAGGUAACGAGUGGAGGACAGAGGAGCCUCUUAAAUAAGAAGUUACAGGUCUGUGAGAGCCAGAAAUCUUGCUUGUUUGUAGGUGACCAAAUACUUAUUUUCCACCAUAAUUUGCAAAUAUAUUCAUUAAAAAUCCUACAAUGUGAUUUUCUGGAUUUUUUUUUCUCAAUUUGUCUGUCAUAGUUGACGUGUACCUAUGAUGAAAAUUACAGGCCUCUCUCAUCUUUUUAAGUGGGAGAACUUGCACAAUUGGUGGCUGACUAAAUACUUUUUUCCCCACUGUAUAUUGACACCAAGAUUUUGUCUGUAUCAUGUAUGGUUCACAGAUCAUAGAGUCUUACAUGAGGCCUAAAAUGUACACUUUCAUCAUGAUUUUCUCAAAAAUGGUUUGUGAUGCAAAUGUAAAAAGCAUUUCAAACAUCCAUCCUCCAGAUGAAGAUCCUAUGUGAGAAUUGCCAGAACAAUCUGAGAUACCAUCUGAUGCAAUCUGAGCUUGGAAUCACCAUUUGCAGGCGCUUUUAUGUAGAAAGCGACCUACAGUCAUGUGUGCAAACAUUAUAUGUAUGGUUGGCCCCGUAGGAUAAAGGGGCAUGUAAAAAAACGAGUUUAUGUGAGACGUUGAGAACCUGUUGAGCGUUAAAACCCUUGUCCUAUUCUAUUCUCCUUCUGAAGUGCUUCCCCGUGCUAUUGUUGUGCAGUCAGUCAUUCCAACUGAGGUCAUGACAAUCACCAGAUUCAUAAUGAUUGACUCAUUAUUGCCACACAUGCAUUGUUUGUUUACAGAUGAAGAAUGCCGUAACUGCCAUGCAUUUGUGUCUGCAUGUUUGACAAUUUAGUUUUUUGUGUGUCCCCUCGUGUGCAGGCCUGGAAAGGGACAAGUUUGACAACAAGACAGUGACAUUUGAAGAGCACAUCAAGGUGGAGCACAACAUGUGGCACUACCUGUUCUUCAUAGUGCUGGUGAAGGUGAAGGACUCCACAGAGUACACGGGACCAGAGAGCUACGUUGCUGAGAUGAUCAGGGUACGACUAGACUACUAUGCAUAUUAAAGUACCAGCCAGCUUAUUACUAAGGAGAUUCUUGAUUAUACACAUCAAGAUAGGCAGGGAUGUGGUCAUAAAUAGAUAUUGAACAGGGAGUUGGCAGUUCUGCAUCACUUCAUCAGAGAGGCUCACAUAUCUGAGCUUUGAUCAAAUGUGUGCUGAGAAUGCAGGUUAGCUCCUACACUAUACUAGAUAAAGAGAUAUAUUUUCUCAUGCAGUAAAAUAUCUCUGUCCCAUGGUGAGAAUAAAUCUAAAAACAUCUUCGGAAACAGAAAACCACAAGCACCAAUACAUUGUAGACUUUUGCGCUGUGAGGUCUUGUGAGGAGUCAUCUGAUUUGGGAUCAACUAACCCCCUCUUAGCCUUAGACCCUACUGAGCCAAACAGAGCUUUUCAGGGACACAUUGUGGCCCACAGGAGGAUUUAAGGUGACCUCUACUAGAGAGAGGGCACAUGGUGUGUUAGAAUCCACUGACCCGUCAGCUGACCCAGUCAACCACAACUGGACCCAUGCAACACAUUUGAUCAUGUGGGGCCUCUUGCUCUGGAUUGGGAGCUAAAUUAGGUGUCUGAAGCACGGCUCUCUGCAGAGCUCAGACAUGGUAAUUUACUGCAAGAAGCUGAGUUUAGAGAACUCACAGCUUAGAUGUUAGCCCUCCAGCAUCAAGAAGUUGAUGCACGUCUGCAUGCAGGCUCUGGGCUAUCAAUGGAUCAACACUUUUACCAAAAACUAAGUUAAGAGCUUGUAUGUGUGUAUAUGUGUGGAUAUAUGUGUUUAUAUAUAUAGAUAUAUGUAUAAAAAAAAGACAUCAAAUACAUAUUUUUGUUAUGUGAACACUGUGUAAAAAAGUGCCAUGCAUGUACAGUGCAUUCAGGAAGUAUUCAGAACCCUUAUCUUUUUCCACAUUUUGUUACGUUACAGCCUUAUUCUAAAAUUAAUUAAAUACAAAAAUGUCCUCAUCAAUCUACACACAAUAUAUCAUAAUGACAAAGCAAAAACAGGUAUAAUAAAAAAUGAAAAACAUAAAUACCUUAUUUACAUAAGUAUUCAGACACUUUGCUAUGAGACUCGAAAUUGAGCUCAGGUGCAUCCUGUUUCCAUUGAUCAUCCUUGAUUUCUACAACUUCAUUGGAGUCCACCUGUGGUAAAUUCAAUUGAUUGGACAUGAUUUGGAAAGGCACAGACCUGUCUACAUAAGGUCCCACAUUUGACAGUGCAUGUCAGAGCAAAAACCAAGCAGAGGUCGAAGGAAUUGUCCGUAGAGCUCUGAGACAGCAAUUACAGCCUCAAGUCUUCUUGGGUAUAACGCUACAAGCUUGGCACACCUGUAUUUGGGGAGUUUCUCCCAUUCUUCUCUGCAGAUCCUCUCAAGCUCUGUCUGGUUGGAUGUGGAGCAUCGCUGCAAAGCUAUUUCAGGUCUCUCCAGAGAUGUUCGAUCGGGUUCAAGUCUGAGGUCUGGAUGGGCCACUCCUGCGUUGUCUUGGAUGUGUGCUUAGGGUCGUUGUCCUGUUGGAAGGUGAACCUUCGCCCCAGUCUGAGGUCCUGGGUGCUCUCGAGCUAGUUUUUAUCAAGGAUCUCUUUGUACUUUGCUCCUUUCAAUUUUCCCUCGAUCCUGACUAGUCUCCCAGUCCCUCCCGCUGAAAAACAUCCCAAGGGCAUGAUGCUGCCACUGCCAUGCUUCACCAUAGGGAUGGUGCCAGGUUUCCUCCAGACGUGACGCUUGGCAUUCAGGCCAAAGAGUUCAAUCUUGGUUUCAUCAGACCAGAGAAUCUUGUUUCUCAUGGUCUGAGAGUCCUUUAGGUGCCUUUUGGCAAACUCCAAGCGGGCUGUCAUGUGUCUUUAACUGAGAAGUGGCUUCCGUCUGGACACUCUACCAUAAAGGCCUGAUUGGUGGAGUGCUGCAGAGAUGGUUGUCAUUCUGGAAGGUUCUCCUAUCUCCACAGAGGAACUCGGGAGCUCUGUCAGAGUGACCAUCGGGUUCUUGGUCACCUCCAUGACCAGGGCCCUUCUCCCCCGAUUGCUCAGUCUGGCCGGGCUGCCAGCUCUAGGAAGAGUCUUGCUGGUUCCAAACUUCUUCCAUUUAAGAAUGAUGGAGGCCACUGUGUUCUUGGGGACCUUCAAUGCUGCAGACAUGUUUUGGUACCCUUCCCCAGAUCUGUACCUCGACACAAUCCUGUCUUGGAGCUCUACGGACAAUUCCUUCCACCUCAUGGCUUGGAUUAUGCUCUGACAUUAAUUGUCAACUGUGGGACCUUAAAUAGACAGGUGUGUUCCUUUACAAAUCAUGUCCAAUCAAUUGAAUUGACCACAGGUGGACUCCAAUCAAGUUGUAGGAUUAUCAAUGGAAACAGGAUGCACCUGAGCUAAAUUUCGAGUCUCAUAACAAAAGGUCUGAAUACUUAUACUUUUAUUAUUAAUACAUUUGCAAAAAAUUCUAAAAACCUGUUUUUGCUUUGUCAUUAUUCGGUAUUGUGUGUAGAUUGAUGAGAAAAAACUAACAAUUUAAUCAAUUUUAGAAUAAGGCUGUAACAUAACAAAAUGUUGAAAAAGUCAAGGGGUCUGAAUACUUUCCGAAUGCACUGUAAGUCAAACGUAUAUGUAAAAUGUGUGUAGCAAAAAAGCUGUAAAAAACAAAAGUUAUUGUUGUCCUCCGAAGAGGGGGAUGGGUUCAUAAAAAAAUACACAAUUUUGAGUUUAUAAUCUGAGAAGUGGAGGAAUCGGUCACAUCCCUAUUAGUUAGUCUCCUAUUAUGUCCUAUGAACGCAACACAUUAGAUCUUUCUUCUUCAUUUGACAUGGUAGGGGAAAAGGCUCCCUAUGUUGGUGUAAUAGGCUUAAUAUUGUAUAAUAGUUCUAUUGAUACAUUUCCCCUUCUUUCUUGCCUGGUUACCCUAACAAGCAUAACAGUGUCUCAUGAUGAUUCUGCCUAUAGUGGUGAAGACACCUCAUAUGCAUAGAGGGGAUUUGAGAGAUCAGGGGGUGUAGAUAGAAGUCUGACAAUGACUGGGAUUGACGUCAAUUGCAGAAAGCUUUGGCUGAAGUGUCAGGUUGAAGGCUUACAUUUAUAGUGCUUGACUUGGGUAUGCCAGAAUCUGUUGCCCUCAUUAUUAUUGCGGCCCAUGCUCGCUGCUCCAAGAUGCAUCCACAUCGUGAUUUGAACUUUGAAUCGCAUUGAUAAGAGAAUGCUUUAGAGGCAUUUCAGAAGAAGGGCAGUGAGAAGGAGCUUUCCCGUUGUGUUUUGCACAUUGUUUCUAUUUGUUUGUUAGGUUUAUUUUGAAAUGUGAUCUGUUUCUUUAAUUUGUAUGGAAGAGUAGUAGAUGUGGUGGGUUGUCAGUAUGUCAGGUGGCCUGUGGCUUGCCUGUGACGUUUCUGUUGCUGUCAAAACCACACAGCAUCCUGUUUCUCUGUCAUGGGCCUUGUGGUUUUAAUAAUGGAAAAUGAAUUUCCGUCAUUUCCAUUGAGCUACUGUGAAGAUGAAUUUAAUGUCAGCGGUGACAGCGGUCUGAGACUUACUGGAAGUGUUUUCACUUGUAAACACUGAGAAAGGAAAAUGGGUUUUGGGGGGCUGGGGGUUGGGCUGUCAAACUGACUCUUGACACAGAGGGCAAAGGGCAGGAUUAUCAAUCUUGCUGUACUGUACAUCUCUGCUCCUCUCUCAUCCAAGAUAAGCCGGGCACUUUGAUUAGAAAUGGAUUUCAGACAAACAAUGUUGACACGAUUUUACUAAUGUCAUUAUGUCUGAGCUGUACAGUCUUGGACCCCCUUGAAGGGUCUGUUUCUACAUUCAGCAAUACACUAGCAGAGGAAUCUAGUAUACUGUGUCGGUGCAUCUCUAGUCUAUUAUAGUAGGUAGAUGUCCAAUACAGAGUAUGCAUGUACAUGAUCAAAUGCGGGAAAGCAGCAUUGUGCUGCGAGGGGGGUGGGGCGUUGAGCAUGCACACAGCUCUCCUUUCCUCCUCUCAGAAUGAGUACAUGUCUCUGUGUGAUUCCCCUGUCCUGCUGUUUGUCUGACCUAGGACCAGCCUGUGGCCCAUGCAGCCGCCACUCUCGCCCCCGCAUCUCAGACUACACCACUGAAACCCAGGGACUUUUGCAGCCAUGCAGCUGUGCUCACAACAGACACAGGCUACAGUGCAGGUGCUCCCCAGCACGCUCCUAUUCAAGCACACAGUCUACUGUUCGGUCUGUAGUUAAGCUAACUGUAAUGCUAUUUUGUAGGGUCUGGGAGUGCACAUACAUGUAGCUAAAUGGGUGACUGUUUUUUAAUGGUGUGUGUCUACACGUGUGUUUUGGUUGAAGGGAACUCCAGACAGACCUAUUCACACAGCCUCCGAUUAUUUGAGGGCAGGUUCAGACAGUGCACAAUAACAUUGAUAUGUAGUGGCCCAGUGCUGGAGGAGAUAGAGGGUUGAAAGAAUGUGCUCAGAGUGGCCCUUUGCUGCUCGCCUGGAUGAACGCAGCAACCCUUUCACUGUCUCAAGGCUCUGAAGUGACUGGCCGUCACACUUACUGUACUCUCCACGCGUAAACGUUUGUGCACUGUGUGCACUGGGCAGACCUUGUACAGAACGUUUUCUCUUUUCUAUUUUUAGAAGCCGUCAGUUUAUUCAUGUGAUUCCACUCUGGUAGAGCAGAUUAGCAUAAUAAAUUAAUUGAGAGGUAUUGACUGAUUGAUAGCUGUAGUGUUUUGAUGUGUACUGUAGGCUGUAGGAGGAGGAGGAGCAUGGAAACUUUUUACAAAUAUGAGGAAAGAGGCAAAGAGUCAUAAAUCACUGUAGAUGACUUGAGAUGUUUCCUUACCUCAACUAUUUAGAUAUGAAACUAAUCACUGGUGACAUUUUGAAAAUUCAAGUCAUUCUCAUUGUGUCACUUUAGGGCUGUGUUGUGUUAAACUCAACAUUGCCACCGACGAGGAAGUUUGCAUGCAACAAUAUACCAUAUUAAUGAAAUGGGGAACUCUGCCUUAUAUUGCUAGUUAAGUCUGAGUAAAUGUUCCUCUAUUCGGCCCUCACACAUUCAACAUGACUGUGUUAUUGUAUAAUUAGACCAUCAUUUUUUUAAAGGAAGUUGUCUCGGUGAGUUUGAACUCCCUGGUAUGGAAAGUCCCCAACAUUAAUUCUAUUACAUUUUAUUAUAGGCUUGAUAAGUGCACACACACAGACAAACAAAGAGGGAUUUAUUUGAGAGAAACACAAAUCAAAGAGGCAUCUGUUUGCCAAGUGGAGCCUCAGCUAACUAAUACAUUUGAUGUCAUUCUGACUUACACUAAUGUGUAAGGCUUUGUCAAAGAAAAUCAAAGGGUAUUAGCAUGUUAUUGAUGAAAUUUUAUGAAAUAAGUGUUCACCAGAAAUGUAAUUACACUGAACAAAAAUAUAAAUGCAACAUGCAAAGUAUUGGUCCCAUGUUUCAUGAGCUGAAAUGAUCCCACAAUUUUUCCAUACGCACAAAAAACAUAUUUCUCGUACAUUUUUUUGCACAAAUUUGUUUACAUCCCUGUUAGUGAGUAUUUCUCCUUUGCCAAGAUAAUCCAUCCACCUGACGGGUGUGGCAUAUCAACAAGCUGAUUAAACAGCAUGAUCAUUACACAGGUGCCCCUUGUGCUGGGGACAGUAAAAAGCCACUCUAAAAUGUCCAACACAAUGCCACAGAUUUGAGGGAGCGUGCAAUUGGCAUGCUGACUGCAGGAAUGUCCACCAGAGCUGUUGCCAGAGAAUUGAAUGUUCAUUUCUCUACCAUAAGCCGCAUCCAAUGUCAUUUUAGAGAAUUUGGCAGUAAGUCCAACCGGCCUAUAUAGCGUCGUGUGGGCGAGCGGUUUGCUGAGUCAACGUUGUGAACAGAGUGCCCCAUGGUGGCGGUGGGGUUACGGUAUGGGCAGGCAUAAGCUACGGACAACGAACACAAUUGCAUUUUAUCGAUGGGUAUUUGAAUGCACAGAAAUACUUUGACAAGAUCCUGAGGCCUAUUGUGAGGCCCAUUUUUAAAGGUAUCUGUGAACAACAGAUUCAUAUCUGUAUUCGCAGUCAUGUGAAAUCCAUAGAUCAGAGCCUAAUGCAUUUAUUUCAAUUGACUGAUUUCCUCAUAUGAACUGUAACUCAAUAAAAAAUUUGAAAUUGUUGCAUGUUGCAUUUUAUAUUUUUGUUCAGUAUACAUUAAAUGAAUGACAAAAUGUGAUGAAAAUAUAAAUUUUUCCCCUGAACAAGCAAUUGUAAAGAUGUUUUAUUGAUGUUUAAAUUGUAGGUUAUUUGAUAAAUGUUGGACAGUACAUUAAAUAUAUAUGCUAACGCUUUACAAUAUUUACUUUUUCAAAGUGUAUGGACACAGUAAAGUGUUACCAAAUGUUUUCUAUACAUUAUAUUUUAUAAUCAUGAUUAGAGACCAGAAUUCUAAUGUAUUGCGCUUCAACAAAUGUUCUAGUCAUGCUUGAAUAACAUCUCUUCUCCCUCUGCUCACCAGGAGCACAACCUUGACUGGUUUCCACGGAUGCGGGCCAUGUCCCUGGUCUGUAGCGAUGCGGACGGGGAGCAAAAUGAAAUCAGGAGCCUGCAGGAGAAACUGGAGUCUACCAUGAAGCUGAUCUCCAACCUCUCUGGACAACUGACUGAGCUCAAGGAGCAGGUGAGUCGACCCUUUUGCCUGUGACUAGAUGAUGGUCUGUAUAGAUAUUGCUAUGAAAAUAUUACAUUAUUUCGAUAUUUUUCGAUAUUUUGUGUAGCUUUUGGUCUGUUUGAUGGCAACUCUUUGCCUUGUAGGUGUAGAGCUUACUGAAAGCAGAAGACAAUGACUCAUAGUUCACAAUGCUGCAGCUCAUGUGGCCUUCAACCUGAUCUUAUUUACGUCAUUAAGCAAAGAUUAGUUCCACAAUGACUUUGCUCACACUGUAUUGUGGACAUCCUAGUCAGAGCUAGAGCACUGCUUCUUUAAAUGCAGUAAUUAUAUUUAUGUACAUGAAUCUGGUAGACUUGAUAUGCCCAUGGUCAGAUUACAGUAAAUUAGCAAAAUGAUAAUGAUGAUCUUAACACCUUUUAUUUCCUAUUAACAUAUCAAACAUAUUAUUAUAAUGACAAUUAUUAUAAUGACAAUGACUAUCAUUAAUUAUAAAACCUUUAUUAGUUGUGUUCGGUUCAAGAAAAUGUUUCUUGUAAACAAAAUAGUAUUUAAAAUUAGAAGUGUCUAUGAGGAAGUGGGUGUUAUCUAGACUCUGACCCAGACAGAAGGAAAUGGUUGUUCUGUGGCUAAAAGGUUUGGAUUCGGGCACAAACACAAUUUUCUCUUGAUUAUUCAUUACUAAAUAUCUCCAUAAAUAGAUGUUUGGAUCUGAAUUGGUUGAUGUCUACUUGGUUUUGCACGUCCUUUCACACGUACACAAACAUAGACCAAAAUAGGAAAAUUAACUUUUGGAGUUUAGUUGACAGACAAAUUCAGACUAAACUGUGCUUUUAGAUUAGACUGUUUUAGUCUUAUUUUCCCAGAAGUCAGGGCAGUGCCUCCUCCCCCCUCCCUUGCCUGGAAGGGUCUUAAGCAUGCUCCAUAGCACUCAAAAGUGGCACAAACAAGAAAAUUGUUUCAAAAACAACUGGCCCAAACAAGAGCUUCAUCUGUUACAUAAUUCCAACGAAAAUUGAUUUAAUUAGUUUGCUGUGGCACAAAUAAAGAGUCACAUUCUACUGUAACUGAGUUUAGCCAGUGGCCACCCCCAUAGCUCUCUCACAAAAUGUAAUGCUGCUCUUUCUAGCACUUCCCAACAUCUAAUAAUGAAUUCCUUUAUAAUGCUCAUCUCAUGACCAACAGCGUUUGUGAGGGUAUUUUUAUUGCCUUUGCCAUUGUAUGUUUGCAAUAUUAAGAUUGCGAAAACUUUUUUAGGAAACUCGUUUUGUUUGUUUUAAUACUUCAAUUGAUUUAAAACUGAUUGUCCCUAUUGUCAUGAAAGCCAACAUAUUUCAUUAUUACUCAUGAGCCUGACUUGAAAGUAAAAAUGUAUUUUACUGGAGUUUCACUGCUGGUUGUUUGCUUACUGUGGUUUACAUGUUGUUAGACUAGAUUACAUUCUGAAAGGGUAGAAGGAUACGUUUCAGAUGGAACACUGAAACUCUCCUGUUAAAACCAAAAGCUCUCAGUUCAUUGCUGUGCAGCAUUUGCAGGCACGGAGAGUUUUUACUUUAUCUGAACAAGAAACUCAGCAUCAGCUUAUUUGUAGGUUAGUGUCAGACACAGACAACCUUUACCUCACCAGUAGAUGUGACAGAGCAGCAGAGGUACAGAUACAGAAAAUUAGAGUUGAGCAAAUAACCCAGCACCUGUCCCGUGUGUUGUCCUCUAGAUGACAGAGCAAAGGAAGCAGAAACAGAGAAUUGGACUGUUGGGUCAUCCUCAGCAUCCUCAACACGCCAACCCCCAGCAACCUGCGUGA